ACUCGUCCAGGAUUCAGCCUCCAGCUCCUCCUCUGAUGCAUCGUUUGCAUCAGUACUUGGGAGCACUUGUCCGCGCGCUGCUGCACCUCCCCACAGUGCAUUGACGGACUCCACUUUGCCAGGUGACGGCAGACACGCGCUCAAGAGUGAAAAGAUGAUAUAUUUCUAACACACCCGAAGUCUGGAAUUCACGGAGAAUGGAGACGCGCCUCGGUCACUGCCUUUUCAUCGUUUUCUGUGAGUGGAUUUGGCUCUUCACCCUAACUUCCAUCCAGGGCGGAACGAAAGCGGAGGUGAGGUGCAUUCCCUCGUGCCAGCUGCCGCUUAUCACCGAGUUUCCCCGGGAACUCUCGGCGCUGGAUUUCGCUGAAUUAGACGACGCACCAGUUGAGGAAUUUGUUGGAUUUACUGACGGGUCACUAAAAGACGAACCCACUACUGAAGGAGACGAAAAGCACAACGUUGCGGGAUUAUCUGCGAGAGAAGAAAGUUCGUCCAAAGUGCAGCCGCUGCUGGGGGGAAAUAACACGAGUUGCCUCGAGAAGGAUGCGUUAAAUGGUCAGCAAAAACUUUCUCAGCAGGAAGUGGUGCCUGCAAGUGUUUCACGCGCGGCUGACCCAUCUCUUCUUAACGGUGACUUCACCCAAGAGGCAAAAAACACCAGCUUUCACGCUGAAAAUGGGGCGCAGGUUGAUGUAACGGAGGAAGAGGACGCGGACGUGCCCAGUUGGAGACGAACACGCAGCGCGAGGAGCGCAGAGGCAUGGUCCGGAUUCAGACCCGAGGAGGCCGGGGAGGAGGCUUCGUUGGCGGACCAGGAGGAGGUUCAGCUCACAAGUUCGACAUUUGCUCUGACCGGGGAUACGGCACACAACCAGGCGAUGGUGCACUGGUCCGGACAAAACAGCAGCGUAAGUAUACCAUGUGUACCAGAUUUACGCAUGAGGCUCUUUUGACGCAGUGUGGUUAGCGUUUAAUUACAAGGCUUAAUUACGCCAUUUAAAGCAUGUACUUUUAACUGGCAAUGAUGGAGCAAAUGAGGCUUGAAAGAGAUGAAUGUGAGGCUGCUGGGAGGUUGCGGACGUUCUGGGUAUCAGUUCAGCUUUCCUUCACUCUCCUCCCUCUUUCUCUCUUUCUCUCCCCCCUCCUGUCUCUCACGCACGCAUACACUAUCAACUAUUAUUUAUUGAUUAGCUGUCUUGAGUAGGAUGAACCUCCAAGAAACAAAAAGUAUAAAUAACACAAGUUUAAAAUUGGGCGUUGGGCCUGACAUAAAUGAUUGCUUUCUCUUUCCAGUUUAUUUUCUUUCCCUCUCAUACUCACUCUCACUCAAAAGCCAAUUGAGCUGUUUUUUUUUUUUUUUUGGGGUGGAAUCACUGAUUUUGGCAGUUGGCUAUGGGAAUAUUUUUCAUCCGUAAACGAGAUCAAUGAACCUUUUUAUGCACCUUAUCUUCCUGCUAGAGCCUCAUCCGCCUCACUCAUAAAUAGAGAGAUGGAUGAGGCUAUAUAAAAAGGUUAAACAUACAGCAUAGUGACUGGUACAUUCUCCUUAAAGUUAAGCAGACGUUAAUCUACGUCAGAGAGCACAGCCACUGCAGGGUACAAGUCAAAGUCAUGAGACUGAAAAUACUGAUGUGAAGUAUAAAUAGAAAUACCCUGAUUGCACCAUCUUUUUUGUUCCAAAGCUGCAACUUGGAGUUAAAAAUAAACAGCGUAUUAAAAAAAAACAAAAAUAGUAUCACAGUGAUACUAUAACGUGGAGAGAGAGUGAUAAACACCCCAAGUUAAAAGGCAACCAGACAUGUGUUUUAAGCUCCUGUUCAAAAAUUGUUCAUGGGAGCCGCGUUCCAAAUAUCAAGGGACUUGGCAUUCCCGAGUUUGGGAACAUCCUCUUCUUCUUCUCUUAUUUCUGUAGCUGUGUGAACAUCCAACAACCCGCAGCCAAGGAUGUGAGCGAAUGGGAAAGCUCCAAAGACAACAGGGGGUCUGCGAUGUAUGCUGGUCCAAGCCAUUUACAGUUUUACAAGCAGGAGGACUUUGAAAUGAGUUCUAAAAGAUGCGCAGAGCCUUGUAGGGUUCAGCUAAAACCACACUCAUAUGCUGUCUCUUUCUUGUUUUGAUCAUGAGUCAAGAAGCAGAAUUUGAAUAAUUUCUAGUCCCUAAAUAGACUUUUUCAGUAAGACCAGGGAAAUGUUUAGUAGUCCAGGCUGCUUAAAAUUUAAACAUGAAUUAGCUUUUGACAUCUUGCUGGAUUGAAAUGUACCCUGGCAAUAUUUCUGAGAUGAGAGCCUGCUGAUUUGGAGAUGAGAUUUAUUAGUGGAAUCAGAGUCUAACACACGAUGACACGGGGGCUGGGGCUUGAUCUGGAAAACCAGAGAUCCAAGGUUCUUAGGAUGGUGCAUCUGUUUUGGCCUCAGGCUAAGUAAAAGUAUUUAUGCCUUAUUUGCCUUUCAUGGAGUUUCAGAAAGUUAUGUCCCGUCUAUGUUAGAAAGUGCAGACAGGCUGUGAGUCAGUUUAACACAUUUGGCUUCAUUAUACAGAUAUGUAUAAUUGUGUGUCAUCAGCAUAAUGGCUAUGGAAAUUGACGUAAUUAUGACAUUAUCUCUGGCCGGCUUAUAGAUUAGGGAGAGCAUGAGACCAGGGCACCUUUUCCGCUUGAUAAAAAUGAAAUGUUUAAUUUCUCAGACAUACAAACUGCUAACAUUGCAUUAUCCCCCCAACUCAUGUAUAAAUGAAACAAAUUUGAAACACAUUCAGCAAGACCAGCCCAUUAACAAGGCCAGCGAACAAUGUUGCAGUCGAUUGUAUCUCAUGCAUCACUGCGUCCAAGAGCACCAGUAAUGUGAAUGUUUCAAAAAAACACACUAGAUUCAGUGGGAAGUUGUAAAUAGAAGCAAAUAAAUAAUAAAGAGGCAAAAUGCACCAAAACAAACUCUAAAAAGGGUGUGUUUUUAUGACUCCUAUCUUCCUCAGAGAGAUGUUUUGCCAUUUUGGGAAUAAAAGUGUUUCUAAGUGAGAGCCUUAGAGGCAAAUACCACUCUUUAGUCUGUGUCAGAAUUAAGCCAAAUUUAUAUAUUAGCUUAGCAUCGCAUUAAGACUGGAUGCAAAGGGGGAGCAGACAUGUUUAGCUUUCUUUUUAGGAAUCAUUAAAAAGGCGGUAAAAUAUCUACUUCUUCCCUUUAUCAGCUGUUUUCAUUUAAAGUUCUGAUCUUAAGCUAAUAACCCACGAAUAUUAGCUUCAUAUUCACCAAACUGAUAGUUGACACCCAUGUUUGGGUUUUGAUCCCAAGCUCUUAAAGGCUGUGGCCUCAUUGGAUGGAGUUUGCAUGUUUGGUGGAAUCUACAGCCUGUCGAAAACAUGGACAUAGUCUCUGUGAGGUCACCGAUUGGUUGCCUAUUGGUUGGUGGAGAUGCUGACCUGGCUUAACUUUCACUUAAAAGACAUGCAAAAAAAAUACCUUCCCUUAUAGUGAGUAAAAUAUGAGAGUCACAGAUCUGAAAUAUUUUGCUUAUACCAGCAUGACUUGUUUAAUUCUGCUGUUAAGUGGGAAAUUCUACCUGAGACUUAAUUGGCUCCUUUGGCUUUUGCAACUAUCUACAUUUUUUCUGCUCUUAGGCUUUGUCUCCACAUUUUAACCAUGGAGGUUGCCACUUGGUGUGAAUUGGACAUGAUUUAAAAAAACCAAACUAUCAGAAAAAAGGUCUAAAGUUUUGCCACAUAUUCUGAAAAGUCUCAUUUUCAUUUUGCAACAAGCAUGAAUAGAAAAUGAUUUAAUGAGUUUGCAUUCAUCCGUCAAUGUGGCAAGGAUUAGGUACCAUCUUUUUUCAGUAUCAUGAUAGUCUGGCUUUGCCCCCAACCCAGUGGCGUAGUGCCACAUCCCACUUACUCAUAGGAUAUUGUGUGUUUGCUCAUCGAUGUGCCACACCCUCUCCCCCUCUCUCUCUGCGUAGGUGCAGACCAGGUGGUCACCAAGGAAGCUUCCAGGUUUACAGCUGGUGUACUUUUAUAAGAAAUCUAUUUCAAUAAGCGUACCAUUGAAAAAAGAGGCGCUCUCUCGUUUUAAGCUUGUCUGUUUAACUUGUAAAGUCACAGUUCAGUCUUAGUGGUUUGGUAUUAAAAGAUCUGACAGAAGUUUAGCAGCCUGUCACACUUCAUUGGGUAACUUAUGUUACAAGGCAAAUGAUGGAGGGGGACCAUUGGGAAAAUGUGGAAAAAGGAGAUAUAUUAGCCCCCUAAUACUAAAAGAGAGGACAGGGUUUUAGGGGUUUUGAGUGCUUACAGUGUUCAUAUACGUAAUAUCUUCUGUGGCUUGUUAGCGUGACUCAGUUUGCGUGGGAAAGUGCGGCUCUGUUUUGACACUUCAGGCUGUGUCCUCACAUGAGGACUUUGUCAUACACGAAACAAGUUGUCAGGCUGCCCACACUCCUCAAAAAUUCAGACAAGUGUUGGUAAACAAUAUUGUCGAGCCUGCUAAAAUAUUUCUCUUAAAUCUGAUAUAUUUUUCUGGUGUUAGACCAACAGGGCAUCUGCCAGCUUGAAUAUGCAGCUUGUGAGACCCAAUGUGUGAGCUUCGUUUUGUUGUGAUAUUUAAUUUUCCAGUCCAGCUUCAGAAGCUCGGGAACUUUUCUUCAAUCGUUUAUCCAAUUAUCACAGCUGUAGUUUCAGUUGAGAUUUUAAAUCAAGAAGAAAAUCCAUGAAAACUCAGAAAAUUUAUGUUGCUACUGCUGUAUUAUGUUAUUGUCUGCCAUUAGUCACAGUUAGUGCCUUUGUAUACAUGUCUCCAUCCAGGCCAAAAGGGUCAUUGGCAGUUUUUGUUAAAGAUUGUUAAGCUGAUAGUUCAAGGGUUUGAAUAUAAUAAAGUAUAUCGUAAAAGUGACAUUAUGUAAAGCCAGUAAGCAUGAUUUUAUGUAGAUGCAACACAAUAUUAUAUUGUAUGGAGCUUGUCUAUAGCUAUAAUACAAUGUGUAAGCCUUGAGCAUGUUCCCUAAAGGAGUCAGUACAGAUUCAUAAUUUCAAUUAUCUUGUGUGGCAGAGGACGUUAACUGAAGAUCUGUCGAACUUUAUGAGCUGUGAACCAAGGGCACAGCAUGUUUAACAGUGUGAAAUGCACGAGCUAAAAUGUCCAAUGGCAAUUAGAGUGCAGCAAACAAUUAACUUUGGUUUUGCAUUAUAUUUUUUACCCUUUUAAAUGAAAUUCUAACUUAGGUGUGAAGAGCGAAGGAAAAUUACACCUUCACCUGUUUUGAUAACAUCAAAGCAAAACAUGGUUUGUGCUCCAGUGCUGGGCAUUUAUGACAACCACUGCUGCUGGGCAACAAGAUGAUCUGAUGCUUUCAAAGAUGCUGAGUGGAGAAGCCAGCCAUAAACAAUCUAUCAAGUCGUAUGAAAUGGCAGUUUUGGAUUUAACUGUAAGGAUUAAAAAUGUGGCUGACUCUGUGGAAUACCUCUAUUUGUGUAGAUAUAAUUUCAUUGCUCCUUGGCUCUAUUCACAAUAAAGAUGCGCUGAAGCAACAAAUUUCCCAGCUGAUCAAACACAAAUUUUAAUUCCAACUAGACAGCGAAACUGAAGGUAAGAAAACACUCUAAAAAGAUCCAGUUGAACACAUUUUAUUUCACAUGAUUUAACACAUGGAUCACAGUCUGCAGGUAAAAUAGGCCAAUUUAAUUUAGCAAGUGUACCCAACACCAACAGGACAACCAGUCUUCAUUUCACAAACCUGUGCUGGUUAUGCAUGCUCCACUCAAAUAAUUUGUUUCACAUUAUUCAGUUAUUCUGAUGCCGACUGCUGAGAAUGGUGAUAUUUGAUUGUUUAGAUGACUAAAUGUGCAUAUCCUUAAUUCACACAUGCAUUAGGCUCCAGAAAAUUUGCCAUGAUUAGCAUGUUUGAAUUUAAAAAGGCAGGAUUUUUAAGCCCUUACCAGUCUCCUGGUAAAGCUUCACUUCACUUCAACUUAAUUAUGUCCCUAAAUGGGCAAGUCGGGUUGCAGCAGUCACAGGCAUUGAAAACACUGCCAUACAUCAUAAAAGAAAAUACAUUUCCAUAAAAAACAAUUCAGAAGGUAAAAAGCAUUCAAACGAUUUAGAGGGUAAAAAAGCAUAUGUCAGUCAUACCACUAUUUUUGCAUGAGCAGAGUGCAUAAAAUGCAGAAACAAAGUGCAAUGUGCGGUUUGCGUACCAAUAAAAGAAACCCUAGAUCAAGAUGAUCUUUUUAAGAUCAGCGAGAUCAGGCCCAUCAGACCUAGAGCCAAUACCCCUACUCCGUACAGCAAGACCACAAUAAUUCAGUACGAUACAAAAUAAUACUACUAAUAAUAUUGAUAAUAAUAAUAUACACCAUCCAGCUGUUAAGAGCAUGUGUGAAUAAGCACUCUGGAAAUUUCCAGAGUGCUCUAGUUUCAGAAGUGGUGGUUGUCACUCUCAGCUUCCGAGUGUAAAAAGGUUUGAAGCUAGGCUAGACCAAACUCAGUCAGUUUGCUGUUCUGUCUCAAUGAAAAUUUCAUUCCUCAAUUUACCCAUCUGUAACUUAAAAUUUGUAAUGUGGAAACACAGGUAAGUGGAAGCAAAACUAUUUGGUCUGUUUUCAAGCUAACUUCAGAUAUCUUGAAAUCUCAACACAGCCUCAGCUAAUUCUACUGUAGCCAAAACAUAUAUGGUAUUUACUCAGGGAUAUUUAAACAGGCUUAUGGCAGUUGUAAGCAAUCUAGCAGCAGCCAUAUGGGGGGAAAAAGUCAAUAGAUUUCUUCAUAAUGAAAACAGCCAACCAGAUUUUUUAGAAAUGCAAGAAAGAACUUUUUAGGAUCAAAAUUUUAACAAUCAAGGAAACUCUUGAGUUUCAUGUGUCUUACAAAGCAAUCAGUUAAAGUGCUUGAAUUAUUUCUGUAGCUGUUAAAAAUUUGUCACAGCAGAGUACUAAGACGUUAGUUUCAAGGUUACAGCAAUCGAUUUUAUAGUUUCUUUUUCAUUCAAGCGAUCUGUCUGCUAUUAUUUCCCUGCACUGUUUCCCCUCCUCUUAAUGGCAGGUAGCUGUGCACCAGUGGAGGGUUAACCACCGUUUUCAUCAGUGCACAUGUGCUAGCUUGCUAAUUCAACAAUGGCACGGGCGAGAUUGGAGUGGACAGCAUUUACUUAGUGGAAAUAUUCCUGCUAUUUUGUGUUUUUAGGGGAAAGGGACAGAACAGUGCCCAGGAGAUAAAGACUUAUUAGCUACUAGGAACUCAACUUCAAAUUUAAAGAAGUAUUAUGCAAGCUAAAUAUAUCCGCAACACUUUGAGGCCAAUUAAGGAGGAGAGAAAAGCCAGUGGAAAUGGGGGACUACAAGGACCACUGACACCUACACCAGCUACUACUGCAUCUUUAGAGGACAGGAAUACUGCUGUUACGUCUGCAUUUGAGGUUUAGUGCAAAUCAGUUAAGUCAAAGUUGAUCCUUUAGUUCAAGGAAAUAUAACAAGUGUUUAACUAAUGGUUAUAAUCUUGCAACUGCACAACAUGGUAGACACUACUAAUAUCAAUUCUGCAACAUAUCUGUGGAUUGGUCUAUGUGAUCAGAGUUUGGAUGAGUUGGGGGAAAAAAAAGUUUGUCGUAUUUUCAUUUAAUCUUUGCAUCUUGCUUGGACUGAUACCCCUUGUUUGCAUGAUCUUGUUAAUUCAGUAGUCCUAGUCGUCUCUCACAGCCCAGACACAAGCUGGUGAGGUGAAUCAGAGAGUCCAAUUGCCUGUAGGUGUGAAUGUGUUUGUCAUUCUGUGACACAUUCAAACUGUCCUGGGUGUUGCCCAGCGCAGACUCCAACCCCGUCGUAACCUUGAACGUCGUCCCGGUUAAUUUCCACUCUAUCCAGCUGUUUUAAAUGCAUUGCGUAUUAUAUAAGUCACUUAAAAUUCUUCGCAGAAAAAAAGUGUACAGGCAGCACUCUGUAUAAUUUAAGAGAUAUCACCAGUAAUAUAAAUUUAACAGAAGAAAAUGAUAGCCAGGUUAUAAUUGUGUUAAAAAGUGGACACCAUCUUCUUUCCUUUUUCUUCUUCUUGUCCGUGUCGCAGUCAGAAUGAUGGAGAUCUAUACAGUAUCCAGUAGUUUCUCCUCUGUCCUUUAAAAAAUCAACCUAUUGAUGGAACACCUUUGUCUACGUCUCACUGGCCUUGAGCUUCAGCUUGCUCUGCAGUAUUGAGGGUAUUUAGCCUGAGUGUCUUUUUCUUUACAGUUCUCAAUUUCUUGGCAAAAGAAGCCUCAUAAUCUUUCUCUAUCUUAAAGCUGAAUGGCUGGCUCCCCUGGGGCUCAAACCUUUCUCCGUCUGGGGUAUUUGCUGGAUUUCUCCAUCUUUGGCAGGGACUAUUUUCUCUCCCUCUUCUUAAAAUACCUCCAGCAUCCCGCAGCCAUUGAAAGCUUGUGCUCAGAUCGUGUUUUGCUGUAUUCUCAACCCUAUUUACCAGUAGAGGGCAUUCUCUUCUUCUCAAUUCUUGGUACCCUGGUGCACAGCUAAACUAAAGGUAGUUUACUGAGACUGUGGUUUAUCGUUUUGUCUGCCUCUGCGAGUUGGAGAGAGGCCAGGUAUGCAGCUGUCACAUCUAUGACUCACCAGCUCAACUUCAGGUAAACUGCUGUAUUUGCUGGCAUUCUCGUUUUCUAGUUUGAGAUUUUUAUCAAGGUCUCUGAAAAAUCAAGGUGCCGGAGAAUCGGUGGUGUAGUCUUGCUUUGCCAGACCUUUCACACUUCCGUUAGCACAGUGCCAGUGAUGGAGUGAGAUAAAGCUGCAUCUAUCAUAACUCUUCACUAUGAGGAAAAAAUACCCUUUUUUUUGUUGUAGGGUUUUUAAACCAACCAUGACAGCCUUUGUGCCAUCAUGCCAAUGAUGCAGCAAUGGCAAUCUUUCAAAACACUAGAUAGCAGAUAAAGUGAAAGUUGAAGCAAUGGUGGUUUCCAUUUGUUUGUGAAUAUUGUGAGUCUUGUGAGCCACUGUAUUGGUUGAUCCCAGACUAAAUGGAUCACAUUUAGUCUGGGAUCCAUUCAGACUAUCCCUCUUAGUUAGGACCACAUGUGAUCCAUGCACAAAUAAACUAUUUAUCAUGAUGGACAAUGACAAGUUGUGACUCACUCGUCUUGCUUCCUUAGAGCGCUCGCCUGUGCUUCAAGCUAAUACAGAUUUUGCUGCACUAAGCGGGGCGAUAGUCAGUACAGGCUCCUUCAGAACACUUUAGAAAACACUGGUGACGGGAACAUGAGGCCUGCGCAUUAGGCAUUCAAAGGUUUUCCCAAUAUGCCAUGCAAAUGUUUGUGUGUGAAGUAAUGAGAAGGACAGCUUUGGUAUUUAGUGAGAUAAACAUAAAAUUGCACCGUGUUGGGAUAGUCCUCCUUUGAGCCGCUGAUCAGAGACAAAGCAUCACUCCUCACGCUAACACUGCUGUGACAGAGUGGGGGCAAUAAUUAUGCACUGUUAAGGUCCCAAAACGCAAGCAGAACAGCCAUACAAGGGCAUGUAAUUCAUUGAGACAGCAAUGUGAGUACAGAAGCACUUCACGUGGCCCACAAGUCCCUGCUGGUCACUGCAGAGAAUGUCAAUUUGAGAUACUUCUACAUUGGUUUUACUCACAAACAGGGCCACAAAAACAUCUCCUCCAGUCUAUGAUUUACGGGGUUCUUGUCCCGGUGAAUAAGAGUGUGCCUUUCUGCCCAAAACAAGCCUUUUAAACCUUUAAAACCAAACCAUUUUUCAGUUUGUGUUGCCAGCUUGGAAAUUCUUGUCAUCCUAUGUACAGCAGAGUGUCUGUCUCUUUAGAGUCAGUCUUUAGAUAAGUCUCUUUUGUUGAGCAGUCCUUUACAUCUACUGAUUUGUACUUAAAAGAAGUGUGAGAUGACUAAGCUGAAAGAUGGUCAUUCAGAGCACACGCAUAACAUGUCCUAUUCAUUUACAACAACACAUACUUGAGAAAAGUCUAUGCAAGGUAACACUUGGUGCUACUUAGACAAAAUGAUGUGUUGUUCUUGCUUCAAUGAUCCAGGGACAUUGAAGUUUGCGAGAGCUAAUGUUGUUCUUGGGCAAACAGAGGUAAACAGCCAGUUAAAGAUCAAACAGAACAAAGGUGUAUUUCAUUAAAGAGGAGAAGAUGAUUCUCGCCCAUUAGCAGAUGUCAGAUGUUGACACUGAGUGCCCAGACAAAAACACUGGAAGGAUAAAUAUAAUGACUGCAUGCUCACUACUGCGCUGUCAAGGCACAGUGUGCUUUUAAUUGAUGUCAGAAGCUCCAGUCUAAACUAUCAGCUGGAAAUGAGUUUGAAAUAACUUUCCCUCUGCUUCCAAAAGAUGAUUGUUCCACUUCAAAUGUGUGUUGAUUGGAAAUUCAGGCAAACAGGAUCAGAGACAAAGCCAAAGAAAAAUACCGAUACUGCCAAAGUGAGUCAUUCCCACACACUUUUUAACAUUCAAAAUGAGUUGAAUUUUCAUUUAGUAUGGAAAAAACAAAAAACAAAGUUAAAGGCACUGUCUGGAGUUUUUAACUGGUUUUGGCAUCGUACCAUUCUAGCACUGAUGCCUUUACAUGACCUACAUAGAAAAAUAAGAUUAUAGCAACAAAGUUAUUUUUUAACACUACUUACAGACAAACAGUUCACUCACCUGGUAUGUGUAGAAGUUAGGCAGUGAGAAGUAUAGUACGUUGACAUGCUGGUUGAAUCUAACCAGGGCUUAAAGAUAGCCUAGCACUGUCAGACCUAUCUGCUAGCUUCUGUUUGGCUAAACAAUUGUCCACUAAUUUCAGAUAUAUUGAACCGAUUAUCUAGAGUGACCAUAUUCUGAAUCCCCAAAAAGAGGACACGACUAUGUGGGGUGGAGUCACGGAGCUGCGCAUAGUAAAUUUUGAGAGUUUUUCGGGUCUGGUCGAGUGUUUUUCACAUGCUUCUAACUCAGAAAGUCCAUGGGACACAAACUCAAAACUUCCAGACAAAACCCUGGACAUUUGAAGGAUUGUAUAAACUCCCCCGGACAAGGCCGGACAGCCCCCCAAAAAGAGGACAUGUCCGGGUAAAAGAGGAAGUAUGGUCACCCUAAAUCAUCUAAAAAAAAGCAGUAAAUUCUGUUAGAUGACAGCACAGGAGCGUAAAUAACCAAGAUGGCAGUAAGGUCCAUUGUCGGUACAAUCGCUUCUCGAGGCUCUGCAAGUGACUGCUGUUAUACCCCUCAGGAAAACUGAAGUGACUUGAAUGGGCUGAUACCAAGCAAAAUGGCUGUGAUUAGAAAGUGAUGUUAGUGCUAUCAUGUGAAUGAUUCACUUACCUUUGAGGACAAAAGAGUUAAACCAUUCGCAUUUUCAUCCUGAUACAUCUCAACAACAAGACUGUAACAGCUGUGUUUCACCUUUUGUAAGCUAACUGGAAUAUUUCAGAGUUUACAGAGUUUUGUUGUUGUUACAUUGCAGUUCAUAAUGUUUGUAGCUACAAAUUAAAACAUAAUUUUCUCUCUCUGCAUCCUGCAAAAAAAAAUAGUUUUGAACAAAGAGAAGUAGUGUGAAAAAAGAUUUAAUUUGCUUCCAUAGAAAAAAAAGAUGCUCACUUUGGCAAGAGCCCUGUCUUCGUGACAGCCGGUCACAUAUUCAUGGGAUUGUAUUCAUCCAGGGAAGACACCAAUUUUGUCCACCAAAAACACAAGAUGAAGACUCCUCACAGAGGCUUUCAAGCGUCAUUAAGCUAUUCAGAGCUAAGAGUAAAAACUAAAAUCUACUGCAAAGGAAAUCAAUUUGUGAUGGAGUGAAGAACUUGAAAGUUACAUCUUCUUGCUCUGCGAGCUGCAGGCUCUCUUUUUUUUUUUCUUCACCAGAGGAACCACUGAACCACAAGUUGUAAAGCUACUAUGAGAAUACCGUAUGUGCCUGACUGGCAUUAUCCUCAACGGUAGAGUGGAAAUAAGAUUUGUUCAAUUCUUGAGCAUGAGGCUCCUCUCACCAGAAGACAAAAAUGCUGCAUGCAUAAAAUGCUCUUUGUUAAAUAUAUGGAAAUAAUAAAUACAGGAUAUUUUUUAAAGAUCUGUUUUAAGAAGUGUACUUGGUAGGGAAAAAGUCCUGGAGCACUUUCAAAUUUGUGUGAAUUUAGAAAAUAUCACAAGCCAUUUAAGAGAAAAUAUGAGUGUUUUAGCCCUUCUGGUUUAGCUCCUGGCAAGAUAUCAAAAAAUCACGUCUCCGAAAAUUCAACCACAUCCUUAAAAGAACCCGAAAGGUUAUUGUAGCAGUGCCAUUAUAAAGGCAGGAUAUAAAUGAAAAUGUCUCAGACACGUGCAGGAUUGUCAUAAAUGUGUAUUAUUAUUGAAAGGUCUGAACAGAGUUAACUAAGGCAGUAAAAAAGAGUUUUUCAGCAGCCAAAGUGUCUCCCACCUGAAAACACCAAAAUUAAAUUUGAAAAGACACUCAUCAAAAAUUAAUUAGUUUUUAUUUAUUUAUUUUUUUUUGUUGGUAUCUCUUUGGUUUCUCUUUGAGUUAGUAAUGAGGUUGAAGGCAUGUUUGCUCAUAUUACACUCCAAUCCAUCCUGUGAAGAGAAACCUGGUCUGGUCUGUGUAUUCUGAUGUUAUAAGCGCCGUAGUGCCAUGGCGUUGAGCACCAUACUGAGAGAAAGCUAUUCUUCUCUUCAAGCGUUCACAGUGAAACUUGUCCCUGCGUGUCAGUUACUGAAUGUAGUCCCUUUUGCAUAAAGAGCUAUGCGACAAACACAGCAGAAACUGUGGUUGGCCUGUCAGGAGCAACAUUUAAUUUGGCUGACACUCGGUCCAGUCCGUCACUUAUCACGCUUGUUCUGUUCCAGCUUUCCUUGUUGAAUCUCAAGGGGAGCAACAGGGGACCUGAUAUGAUCGAUAGUAAAUUGAAUUGCAUUUUAAAACCAUUUCCGCAAUUUAUUUACCUCCAUCCCCCCACUUUAAUUCUGCCUCCUCAGCACACCAACACAAACAGCAAUAUUAUAUACGUUGUGAUAAAUGCAAUUUCCUGCAUGCAGCAUGUUGACAUGUUCAGACAACCCUGUGGCCGGUGCUGUCAGAGUGGACUUCAGCAUCUACCCUCUUUUCUGGGUGGAGGGCUAUGAUGGACAGCUUGUAGAGGGGGGGAAGGUUGUUGUAGCAUUUUGUCCCUGGGAAUGUACAUCACACAUCCUGCUAAAGACACAUAAAUAAAUUCAUGAAAUACAUAGUAAGAACUGUAACACCACAAUUCAAUGUGUAAGCCCUCCAAAGGCAAAGAAUUGAUUCUUCCUGACAGAAUUCCUGGAUGUGGCAUUGCUUUCAUCGCAUGGAUAAACAGAGGGAAUGGUAUUUAAAGCACAGCACUGAGCAGAAACUACUGGCAGGCUGAGUUCAGCUCUGCCAAGCCACCAAGCCUUCCUGUGGUGAGGUUCUCUCACGCCUCGAAAUCCUGCAGUGUGUUUUUUUCUGGGCAAGCUGUGCUCCCCUCCUGGAUUUCCCUUUCUUGUUCAGUGAGCGCUGUCUAACAUAGCAUAAAUUUCAGAAAAAUCAGCCAAAGAUUUUAUCCAAGAUAUGGAUACUUGGCUCUAACAAUGCAUCACACAUCGUUAUCUUUUUGGAUUUUAAAGCAGGGGCUCUUAUUGUUCGCUUGAAUAGAAUAUGUUUAGUUGAGCCUUAUCAAGGUGGGAUGUUUGAGACCAGUACAGGUACUGUUUUUACAGCACUUCUAAACUAUCAUACAGUGUCAGCCUGUUUUGUCAAACCACUGUCUGCACAGCUUUGAUGUUCUAGUGCUGCAGGUAAUAAUUCCAGUAUUGCGAUGUUGAACUUUUGGGGGCUUUACCUGCUUGAGUUAUAUGCAUCGUUUACAGUCCAACUACCAAGUUGGUGGAUGACAAGUGAGUAGGUGUUGAGACACCUAGGAGGAGAUAAUGUGAUGGUUGCAGUACUUGCAUGGAGGUGUCUGUUGAUAGACAUUAAUUAAAGCUGGAUUUUUCUGAGAUGGUUGCCGAUGGGUAGUGGAUUGAAUUUCACCACAUUCACUCACCACACUGUCUGUUUACCUGCAGUCAGUGCCGUAUAAGACACAGUUGACAAAGCCUCUCAGAUAAUUAAAGAAGGUAGAACUCAUAAUGGUUAAAUCCAGGGCUUGGCUUGAACAUGAGUGAAUAUGUUUUAAAUUUUUAUAUAGGCAUAAGUAGGGUUGUACUAUUACUUGUGAGACAGUCAAAAAUCAUUUAAUAUGGGACUAUUGGAUUUGGUUAUGAAUGAUAUUGAAUAUAGCUGACAUGCUAAUAUGCUGAUUUCAAAUUUAUUUUGGCUGAUACUGACACCAAAAAUACUAAUCCAGGUAUGUUAUUAUUAGCCCUUCAGAAACCAGCAUCUUCAACCAUGCUUAAAACAGUGGCAAUUUAAUAUUAAGCAAAUAGUAAGUCAAUACUAAGUAAACUGACGAUGAAAACUGCAGCGAAAUCUCUGUUCAGAAAUGCUCUGCUAAACAAUGGUGAGAUGAAAUACGUAGCUAAUCAUGUAACAAGUGCACAGCCGCUACAAAUUCUCACCACCUCUAUUCAAAUUUCUAGUUGUUAUUUAAUGUUUUCCUGCCCAGUGCAUGUCAGUAAGAAGUCCGUUUACAGCCUUUAGUAUGAAGCCAAAACUAGCUACAGUAGGUAUUAGCUAUCCAAGCAUAGCCUAACAAAACUUGCGUUGGACAGCUAGCGUUUGAAACAUUAGUUUAGUUACAACUUGCGGCCUGCACAAUAGAAAAAAAACUGAUUUCUUCUGACUGAAUCUUGACUAAAACAACACAAGACAGAAAGAAUAAAGUCAGCUGUAAUUUACUGGAAAUGACUAAGACAAAACUUUGUAAAAACUGUAUAUUAAGAGUAUUGAAUUCAGUUUUUUUUUUUUUUUAAUCUUUGGGUGGUUACUGCUGUAUUUCUCAGCUUUGUUAGAUGGCUGAGACAAACAGGUUUCUGUCGGUGCCAACCAUUUUUUCUCCCUGCUUUGCUGAAACUCUUUCUGCUGUUCAGGAGGAUGGUUUUGGAAAUGUGCAAUUUAAUUGGCAGUGUUGAAAGACUGUUGUUUAGCUAUACAUUACAGGUACAAAGCUGCAAAGUUGUCUGUGUUUUCGCUGUUCAAUAUACAACCAGUUAGUCUUUUGUCAACUUGUUUGUCAGUUUUUUUGGUACAUGAUAUAAUUGAUCAGCUGGGAUACAGCCCAAUAGUAACUGAAAGAGACCACCAACCAUAUCAGAGGCAGAUACUACAUGCUGGGACAGGGACAGUUAAUCAUGUAUGCAAAUGUACGGCUUAUGUUUCAUAUCUUUGGCCAAAUUGAGGUGUACAAAAAAUGGUGGCAGCAGAUGAUUUUACUGUCAAGGAUGCUCCACCAGUGUUUCCGGCUCAAAUAUGCCGCCAGGGACGCCCGCCUGCCUGCCAAAGUCUAUUUGUGCUCUGUUUUAGCGUUUUUCUUUAAUCUGUAUGAGAUCGUAACCGUCUAUAAACAAGAGGAGAGCUGUCUUCAUUCUUCUCACGGUGUCGCCACACUUGCUCCGCAGUUAAUAAAGAGAAAGACACGUAACAGACACUACAUCAACAUAAGGCUUAUCACAUGCUUUACAUGGCUGAUCUUUCUUUUAGCUGUUUUAAUUUGCUGCUGGCUUUCAUUUCCAGGAGACGGAUCUUUUGCAUCCUUUCAGAGUAAAACAGCAAAUGAAGUAACUGACAUGUGAGACAGUUAAAGGGCAAGAUAAAAACGUCUCAGGCUACAGUUUGUCAAGUGUGAACGUAACCUCGAUUACUUGCAAUCUUUUAUAAAUUAGUGAACCCUGUAUUGUGAACUAGCUCAGCUGGGUUGAUUGUUACAUCUCUAGAAAAGGAAUAGAGAGUUACAUCUCAUAAAAGGAAGUUCAAUGGUAUGGUAAACGUUGGAGUAGGAGCCUGCUGUGCUGGACUGAAUUAGUGAUGACACAGUUUCUAAACCACCCUGGGGUUUGUUUUCUGUAUUAAAUGUUUUGUCCAAAAGACUUUACAUCUGUUGGUCAGAAUCAAUACCUAUACAUCACGAUAAACCCAGUGUGUCGUGGUCAGACUCUGAUGUGUUGUAAAAGUCCUUAUCUUUGUAUUUUGUGCUCUGUCUGUUUUCGCUGUGUCUCCACAACUAACAGUAAAACUCCAGAUGUAUAUCUGAAUUGUUACUCAGCUGAAGCCAAUACAGUGCGUGCCUCAGUGCUCCAUCUGUGAAUCAGAGAGCCCUGUUGGUCCAUGUUGUCAAUAUUCUUUUAUUGGCCUUUGCAUAGUUGCCACCUCAUUUUGUGCUUCAGAACAUUUUCAUUUUACCGUGACCACCUGCAUUACUCGCUUAUUCGGUAUGAGUUACAAGACCUGGCCGCUUUGAGAAACCAAUCACAUUCAGAACCAUAACUCUGAGUCACUCCCUGAAUUUAUGGAGAUGCAUUUUGGCAAUCAGGAGGUUUCAAACACUGUUGUUGAGCUUAACAAGACAUAUGGGUUAGAGAAAACCUUCUCCAGCAUAUUUAUCUAAUCAGCUGUUUUACUUUAUUUAUGUUGGUGGAAAUGCACUUUUACCGAGCAGUCUAGAAGCUUUUAGUUUGCCAACAUGGAGCUGAUGCCCUACUAUCACACUCAGCACUUCUACAUAUAAACAGGGUGCUCAAGAGUUAGUUGCAGUUUAAAAAAAGAAAAAAAUCCUUGCAGUGUGGAAAACUUUUUGGUUGUGUUAAAAAAAAAAAAACAGCCCACACGCUGUCUAAUCUCUCCUGCAUUGAUCAGACCCCCUCUGCAUGCACGCUGAAGCUUCCAAGCCCAGCAGGCUGCUGUAGCCUAGCUGCUGAACUAUCCUGUGACUUUCAUUUAUGGCGAAGAAGCAAACCGUGCAGGAGUACGAGCCCGGAGAAGAAGACGGUCGUUUCAGAUGACUUAUCAACCGAGUUGCAGCUUCCACAUGGGGCCGUUGUCUUAACACGAGGAGUCCAUUAAAGUCAGACACUGGCUUGUUCUGCUCCAAAAUAUCCACUCGCUGUCUAUUUAAAAUGCUGGUUAUUUGAUGUUCACAGAUCAGUUGCAUUACUGACUUGCAAUAGUUACACAAUGUUGCCUUCAGUCACACUGAAACUGAACUUUAUUACAACAAGAAGGACGUUUUUUUUUCUUCUUUAAGUCCUGUGAAUAACCCAAAGGUGGGGUAGGCAGGAUUCUGUUAGAGAAGAGUCUUUUUUGUGGUGUAUAAAGAAAAAAGCUUUUAAUAUCAGGCAAUAGCUAUUAGUUAUUGAUGACAUUUGGUAAUAUGACAAUAUCGCUGUGUUUUGUUAUGUCUGUGUAGUCAAUAUUUAAAUUUUUUGAGCAACCCGCUCUUUCUGACUGUAAACAAAGCCGUUCUCCACCUCCCCCAGCCUGAUUGGUUGUGGGGCAGACGCUGCUCCCCCGUGUCGUUCAUGAGCCCAAACAAAGUUAGCGUGCUACAAUAUCGGACAGUAGAAACCAACUAGAAAGUACGGAAAAUUGUCUGAAUCCUCUUUUGGCCACAACUGCCAACGCAAGCAAGAAACUGAAUUAAAUACCGGAGACUCUGGCGGAAUAACGGGCGCUUAAAAAGGAGGUAGACCGGACAACAGCUAAGAAGACGGGUCCAACAUAAACGAUGGGGGACGCUUUGGGAUCUUAUGGACCCCGUAACCUUUCUGCUGGACAGGUAAACCGCUUUAACAAAGUAAGCCAAGUGUCUGUAACAGAAGUCAUUCUUGUCAAACGGGACCUGCUGCGUGUUGUAGCGCCGCUAACCUGUUUACCUCGGGUCCUGGACUAUGUCACUUUAUCCUAGUUGUAGAAGUCCUGCAGACAUUGUGUUUGCUGGUAGAAUGUUGACAUCUACAGUAGCACCAAUGCUUUUUACUUUCACGUUGACUGGGCCCCAUUUGUAAUUAUCUGAAGUAUUUAUCUGCAUUAUAUCUGAAUUUAAUUGAAACAAUACGAGCAAGCAGGAGCGUCUGUUUGUGGGCGGGGCUUGCUGGAGCAGAGACAGAGGGGGAGAGGAGGAGCUGAGGGGGAAACUGGUUGGGAGGGGUAGAGUUUACAUUCAAGAUUUCUCCCAAAAACUGGCACUUCCUCAUAUCCUGCCCACCCCACCUUUAAUAAAGUUUAAUUCACAUCUCCAAUCCUCAGAACUCUUCUGUCCUUGUUUCCUCUGUUCCAGUUUUACCAGGACACCAACAUAAGGAUGGUUUGAAUUAGCCUUACAAAACAUGAGUAGUCACUGAAGCGUCUAAUAAGUGAAGGGGUGCGUAGUGGAGAGAUAAUCAUGAAGUAGUUAGUGACUCUUUUGAGACUGCUUAGUAGUAGCAAGAAAAAAAUAAAUGAAUAAAUGUUUAAGAACUGUUUCAGGAAAGAAAUAAUAAUUCUUAUUCAUAAAAUGUAAACCUGCGAUGAUAAAAGGGUGAUUUAUUAAUGAAGUAAAUCCCUGUCCGUUCUUCUGUAAAUCAUCAUAUCGACUAUUAAAUCAGCCAUUUGGAAAGUCCUCACCGGGGAUUCAUUAUUUUCUGGAUACCCUUCGCUCUGUUCUCAUUCACUUACAUUAUUGCGUUCUAUAAGUUUUUCCAUUGCUUUAUAAUUGAUGAUUGCAGUGACCUGCUAUGCAUGGCAGAGCCCACAGAUCUGACUUCAAACAGCCCUGCUUCAGCACAACAUCUGGUCCACGAGGAAAUGUUGCCUUUGUUAAUGAAGUGAUAUUAAUUGAUGUGGCAGACAAAAGCCUCUGUACAUUGUGUCUCUCGCUGAGGUGGUAUUGAACUAUAAGGGGAUGUGCUCCCCUGCAGGGUCUUGUUGCUGCAGAGAGUCAGUCGCAGGGCUAUGAACAAUGAAAUAGAAAUAGGCAAUUCUGUCCUCAUAAAAGAUGUUAUUAGAUGCCGUUUUAUGUGGAAAUUUUAUAAAGUGAGGUUUCACAGUUUAUGUCACUGUAGCCCAUGGGGCCUGAAUCUGCUUGCUAAGCCGUGUUUUUUAUUCCUUGAAAGGCUUUCGCUGCCACCUGGUCAACACUUCUGUGGUGUUAUUAUAUCCUGUCAGCAGGUGUUCAGCACCCUUCUCCUGCCAUUUAGUUCGCCGAGGUUGUGACAUUUAAUGUCACUGGGUAUUACUUACUUGAAUGUCAUGAUGCAAUAUCCUAAUGUCCUACACACCUGUGCAACUUAAAUCUUCGCAAAUCAAAGCAGCUGUAAUCCACUAUUACUGCAAGUGUGAAAGGAGAAAAUGACAAAUUCCAGCACUAAUCACAUUUUUGCCAAACUUUUCCUUCCCAGCUGUUAGGUUUUGAUUCACUGUCACUGCCCCCUCAUUAGUAAAGUUUCCAGAUAUAGCAAGCAGCUCUAACAACCCAGUGUACACCACCUGGUCGAGAACUAACCAGCAAGGUAGUUAAAAAGCAGAAGAUGUCAAAAGUUUCCAGAGAUUUGUCAUAAUUUGAUCUCUACUUUUCAGUACACACAAUAUAUACUGAACAAGUUAACUCAAGCCGUACUAGGCCAUACUACUAAACCUAUAUGGGUAUGAUGGGUAAGGGUUUAAGUGGUCUUUGGUUACCGUCCCUUAAUGGUGAGACUGGACCAAAGCAUCUGUUUUAACUGUCUUCUUCAUCUCGGUUUAUAUCUUUCUCACUCUUUGGCCCCUUGUGUUUUUUAAUAUCCCAAGUCAAUUUCUGCUCGGUUUUUCUUUGUUGCUGGCUGGUUAGCCAUUAACCAUCAAUCUAAUUUUGUGUGACCUCCAAACAAUUUAAGUGUAAAAUUGAUCGACUUUCUCUGUGCUGUAUUGUAAGGGGUGUUUUUGUCAGAAAGUCAACAGAAAGAGGUCAUAUCAUGAACAGCAGACUAGAUGGGCAAUAAAUUCUCUGUAUAUUGAUAGGUCUGAUGUGUGUACAUCCAGGUUGUCCUUCGCUACAAGAAUUGAUAACUGUUGUCAGGAAGUUUUGAUCAAUCAGAGUCAAGCAUUUUUCACAGCUAGAUGAUAGGUAAGAAAGCUGAGUAAUGACAUGACUUGAGUUGUCAUAUAGGGUGUCUCACUCCAAUAAAGAAAAAAAUAUAGGUUGAAGAAACACAUAAAAAAACACAUGAAACUAACUAACUUCAUGUUUUUAAAGGUUUUAAUAACAUUUUUGAAUAACAGUUUGAGGUUUACAACUUGUGAUUUGACAGUACUUGUACAGGAAUGUACCAAGUGCUAAUGGGGGUGUUUUCAGAGCACCUCUUGUUUUCACCAUUUUGGAUUCGCCCAAAAUGUUGGUUUGCUGAAUAUUUAUUUCUAUUUUGAGCGUUUCAGUUUUCCUUUUGUGUUUAAUCACCUUCUUGUACUGAUAUCACAACCCUGAUUAGUCGAUUUUUGGUCGACAAUUUCAGGGUUUUAGACGACCAAGAAUUUCUUUAGUUGAUUACAGCCCUAAAACACAUAUAAUUAUAUUAUGCUCCAUUUAUGUAUACUAACUAAAUGCAGAGGCUUCAUUGCUGUGAUGUGGUGCAUAACAGUAUGCAACUAUAACUGCACAGCUUCAUCCAAAGGCCAUUAACUUACCAUGUUUAAAGCAGAGGAACCAAACUGCCGAUGAAGAACACUGUCAGGUUAUAAUAGAUGAAAGUUUGUUUUGGUCUACUCAAAGCUGAAACUCUGAACGUGUUGUUUUGAGAAUUGUGGCAUCCUAUGUUGUUCUUGGGGGGUACAGCCAGAGAUUUUGGUUCCUAUGAAAAUGGAUCACUUUUUGCCCCGUCAUUUCACUGCCACAGUGAAGUGGUUUGCGGUGAAUAUUUUUAAGGGCUCCACAGGAGUCACAGACCCUGAGAAAUCUCCUCUGUAUGGCAUCUAUGUUUGUAGUAUUCUAGUGCAGAGAAGGAUAAAAUGUAGUUUCUUUUGAAUGAUGCAUUGACUAGAAGAUUCACCAACUCUAUUGACGGCAUGGAGAGUCGCCCUCCAUCUCUUUCCAUUGUAAAAAGCGAGGCCAAAAGACGGCCUCAUUGGGAGUCGAAAAAUUGCACCGGUGAUUUAAAUUGGAGCCAAGAGAUGCAGCAGGAUUGACGUCACACCCCUAGAACAGCAGAGAUCCCUCGGGUCUGCGUAGUCCACAGCAGAAUAGACUCUUGUGUUGAUUUCUAAAAUCUUGGCUUCACUUUUGGGGAGCUGUUCUCCCACUCAUGUUGUAUACAGUCUGUUUCUACUACCUGUUGCAGCAUUUUAGACAGCUCUGGGUUUUUUUUAGCUCAACUUUCUUGUGUUUACAGCUCUGUGCGUGUCAAGAGGUGAACUAUUUUACAGAUUCAGUUGUUCUGGAGGCAGGUAAGUUCACAAAUGUCAAACGGUUGGUUCACCUGGAUUAAAAAUACACCUCUCCUGUUGAUACUCUGCACCUUUUAAUCUGGAUUAUCCACAGGCUUUGACAGUGAGGUUAACGCCACCGGUCUUGUUUUUAUUUUUGAAACAAACGAACAAAACUCUGUGUGCCAAAGUUAAAGCGAAACUGCUUGAGGCUGUAUUUUGUUCCAGCCUCCAUCAAGCUUCUUAACCCCGGUGCUAGGGAGCAACGUGCUAUAAAUAACGCGGCUCGUUUGCAUUUUCUUUCUCUUUGUUACUUUCCCAGCCAUUGUGUUGUCAGUGUCAGAUGUGCAGUCAGAUGUCUGGUUUAUGUUUUUACGAUGUUACUUUGUGAAGAAACUGUUUUGCAUUGUGUCAAACUUUUUUUUUUUUUGAUGUGAUGUGAUUUUUUUCUUUUUCCUUUUUAAGGCGAGACAAAAUUCACCCCGAGAAAAAUAAGCUUCAACACAUUUCUCCUUUCUUCAGCUACUUUUGGUUGUUUUUUGAUUUUUGUUGCUUACUGCUGUUUAAUGCUACAGCCUAUAUACCAUUGUGCAUUUUUAUAAAAGUCAGGUACACCUCUCAGACUUGUGACAGGUGUUGAUAGAUUUGUUUUUGUUAUUAAUAUUCCAGUCAGUAACUCAUGUAACAAUCGCUCUCAUGGAAUCAUCCAUCUGUUUAAUUGCGGUGGCUAAAUGUGAUGACAGUUUUAUUGAUGAGGCAACUUAAUACCAACAGCUGAUAAGGCUGGAUCAUCGGGUUGCUGAGAGUGGGAAUGAAUGGUAAUGUGUUGCUGCUUUCAUUUGUCUCAGGUGUUCAUCCUUCAAUAACAAAAUCUCCCCUGGCUCCCCCUCCUCUUCCUCUCCUGUUUUCGUGAUACCUCUCCUCUUCAUACAACACCUUCAUUUUUCAACAGUAAUCUCCUCACCCUAAGCCUUUAAAGUCACCAUUAAGCCUCUAUUCAUUCUUACAUAAUGAUCAAAUUCAUCCCAGUCCAUUUACCUCCAAGGUUUAAGGUUUACAGAGGAUUAGAGGUUGAAAAAUCAAUUUGCUUGCUCCUAGAUGUCGAGUAAUCCAGUUUGGGGAUAUGUUGGUGCCACUGCGGUGUAAUGGGCCGUGCACUACAUUGAAUCCUGCCUCAAACUGUGAGACCUUUCUCGUAAUUCAAAUUGAAAAAUAUGCAAAUAUAUAUAUGGCGUUAUUAUUUGAAUUCAUGGGGUAACUUAUCCGGAGAACUGCAUGAAAGCAUUAAAAGAAGAGCCUUUGUCCAGAAAUUCAAUUAGUGAGUUAACAGCUGAGGAGACAUGCUGCACUUCAAACACCUGUGUAACACCAAAAAUCUACAAAGUGAAUAUUGUAUCAUUGGAUUGAUAUCAGCUACUUUAGAGCUCUAACUUUUAAUGUCCAACAUCUCCUAGAAACUUUUCCAGCCAGCAAUAAGCAAAAUUGUGUCUGACUGUAACCCUGGAUCCCUCCCAAGUAAAUGCAUAAAGUUAAUUGCUUUACAGAAUUGGGGAUAUUUUUGGCCUAAUUUUCCCACUGCUCCAGGUUGUUUUAUUGUGCAUGACAGUUUUCAUAAGGGCAAGACUUUUCAAAGGAAUAAAGGCCAUUUUAAAGGAGCUUCAUAAAUCUCUGCAGCCCACUCUGAACACCAUGAUUUUGAGAAGCUACGCUGGUUAUCUCUGAACUAGCGCUCUAUAAAGGAUUUCAUAGAUUCAGCACAAAGUUAUAUAGCCAAGUCAGAGUUUCCUGGUCAGCUUAUUCACAGAUAAUUGGGACAUAAAGCAAGACUUAUGAGUCUAAAUUUAUUGCAUUAUUAGCAGCGCAUGGUGCUGUAGGAAAAAUGUGUUAACACUCUGUGGUACGAGAUUUAAUAUUCACAGUAUAUUGAUAAAUAAAUAAAUUAUACAUAUAUAUAGUGCAGGCAGGCAUGUGUUAAGUACUGAAUACUUCAUGUUAGCAGGGGAAUGUCAAGACUUUAUUGACUUGUGUGGCUCAUCUGGGGCACCUACUUAUAUAAGGAUCAGAGAAAGUAAGUGAAACCAGAACCUCUCAGCUAUCCCUGGUGACCACCUCCUACAUUAAAAUAACAUAUAAUAGAAUGUCAUAUAACUUUUUCUCAAACAGACGUUUUGUUAUCAAAGUGAGCCUAUCAUGCCGAUUUAUGUGUAAAUGUUCAUUUUCUUUGGAGGGGUUUAGUUUUAAUUAGUAAUUAGAUAAAAAAGGAUGAACGACUGACAGCUCUGUAUGCCAGUGCAGAAUCCCGCUGGAUUUGCAGAAUAGAGAAAGAGGUUAGAGAGGAAAUGAACAUUAACACAAGAGUUUUUGACCUCCUCAUAGCCACGAGAGUCUGCUUCACAUCACAACAAGAAGAUUCUCUACUCUGGACUGUUAUGACCUGAGGGGGCUUCGACAUCUUAUCAGUGAGCUCAGCACAUCUUUAGCCAUAGAGAACUUCACAUCCAACAGUGGGAGGAGAUGGAGACACACUGUCCAUAUUAAUCCACAUUCAUCCACACAUAAAUGUUCCAUUUCUGUGUUUACAUUUUUUGGGGGUUUGUUUAAAAGUUUUGUCCGCAAUAUGACCACUCAAAAAAAAUUUCUGUAUUAAAUAAAAGAAUAAAUAUCAGGGAAGGUACAAUAAAAAAAAAAGUGCUAUGGCACAAAAAACAAAAUAUGAAAAUAUGAGAAGUUAGUUAAGUCCACACUUAAGUACCAACUCCGACCAAGCAAUUACUAAAUCGCAAUUUAGGAUUUUGGGAUGUUGUGUCUUGGGGCUGGGCGAUAAACCGAAAAUUUAUCGAUACUGAAAUUUACGGCAAUAAUUUACACCAUUUUGCCCAUGUCAAUAUAUUCAGUGUAAAAAAAAUAAAUAAAUAAAAGUUGGUUUUGGAUGAGUGUAGGUAGGCUAUGGUCUCAUGUCCCUUUAAGACGGUGUCCUAUGUCAGAGACGUGACUCCACCCCAUCCAGUCCAUAACAAAGAGGGAAAGACAGGUGAGGAGAUGGAGGACGGUUCAAAAGUUGUAGCAGCUGGAGCAGCAGCUGAAGUAGACAAAGUUAAUGUGGGAGGGGGUGAGCAGCUUGUGGAGUAGUUAUUGUCCAUUUAUUGUUAUUGAGGUAAACUGCUCAAUAUAUUGUGAUAUUGAUUUGUGACCAAAUCACCCAGCCCUAGACUCUAAAGACCAAUCUUUUCAGCCAUCCUCUAAACACUCCCUUGAAUAUGUGAGCUAAUUAAAUUGUAUAGUAACGGUUUUUGAAUCUGCAGCAUUUCCAAAAGUCCUUUUCUUUCCCUGAAGUAUUUCAUUAAAGAAAAACAGAAUCAUCUUUUGACUUUCUGAGUUUUUCUGUAUCUUUUUGUCACUUUUGAUACAUUUCUCUGGGUUGAGUCUUUUAUUUUCAUCAAAGAAAUACAAAUCCAGCUCUGACCUUUGAGCAACUUGAUCAAAAAAAACAUUUAAACUAUUAGAUGUUUUAUAACCCUGUUAAGUGAUUGCAAAACUCUCCUCAGUUGAAGCCCUAUAGUACUGAACGUCAUAAAAGGUUUAUACUCAGGGUAAGACGGGACAAGAGUUGACUGGAAAAUGAAAACUUCUUGUGUAUUCACACAGGGAUCACCAGCGUUAGAUUGACUGGUUUAGUAGGUUUACACAAAUACAAAUAAUACAGAUAAACAUACACAUACAGAAAAUUAAAGAUGCAAUAGAGUGGUGCAACAUAACCUUCCCUUGACUCUCUCCGGUACAUAGGUCACAUCAGUCAUGUUGUGCAUUCACUCUCCUUCUUUAUAGUGUUAAUUGAGUCUAACAGCAAACAGGAACCGACUGACUCAGCUCUGAAAAGCCUUGGAUUUUUCUGUUUUUCACAAUGUCCUCACAGCUAAAUGCUGGCGUUCGGCUGUACAUUAGUGACCUUGAAGAGCCUCAUAUGUGCACAGCAUGUAUCAGUUUUGUUUCACUGCAAAAUGCAAUUACACUUUCCAAGAGGGGGGAGCCUGGCUUUUAUCCAGUUGACAUCAGGAGCUGCGACUUGUUUGAUUGUUUGUGAAAGCUGUUCAGAUUAUCUGCAAACUAUACAAGGUUUUUUUAAAAGUUCAGAUUUCUUGUUUACAUGAUGGACCUCUUACUUGUUCGAGGAAAUGUUUCCCCAAACACUCAUACACUUGAUAAUUAGAAGAUAGUUGAACGAGAUGCCAAGAGCUGCUUUCCCUCGAGAGCAAUGAAAUGUAGAUUUUAUGAUUGCACCAUGCAGGCGUUUUGUGUAAAGGGCUAAGGGCACAAUAUAAACAACAGUGUUUGUGUAACAGGAUGAUGAGGUUUGACUGAAUGGCACUCAGAAGGUGCUUUUUUUCAAUUGAUUGUACAAAACAAGUAUGAUACAUAUACGAUAUGUAUAUAAACACCCAAUGAUUAUUGAGGUUCUGAAAUCUGCAGAGAAAAAUAGUUUCUCUUCAUAUUAAACUUCCACAGAGACCAUUUAUUGCUAUCGGCUGUAAUUUACAAGGCAUCUUGAAAUCUUUAGCUUUUUAUAUGCAUUAAGUAAAGCCUUGUGUAUAGUAUAUAACCACAUAUGACUAUGACAUUGUUUACGAUCCGCUUCAAAAAACAUGUCCCUGAUAUUUACGACGUCUGUCUCCGUGUGCCUGAAAAGAAUUUUAAUGCAGACUUAUUUAUUCAUAUAGUCAUAGCUUACCAGUGCUGGCGUUUGCCUGCAGUCCACAGGGUCUUAAAAACCAUUCUAGCAUGCACAUGUUGAUCAGCGCAUCCUCGGAGAAUAUGUAGGAGGUUUAUAGCUUCAUGAAAAACAAGGCAUGUCAUCGCUGGUUCGUCUGGUUUCUAUUUAAGGUGGAGCUGUCAGUGAGUUGAAAAAGUGUGCAUGGAUGACUGUGCACUUCUUCUGCAUGAUGUGACACUUGAUAAAAGCUGUUCCCCAAAAUAAUUAUACACUGCUUCAACACAGUCAUGUUUUUGAUCUGUUUCAUAGGUGAUCCUCAUGUUGACAAAAUACUACGACUUCAACUCUGGCAGAGUGACAGAGAGUUCUUUAUGGAGGUAAGAUCUUCUGGCUGACACUGCAUUUUACGUAGAGGACAAUAAAUAGAUUUAUGCAGUAAAUUUCUGAAGGCUUUUGUGAGUUAAUGGCUUUACCUCAGAGUUCAGUUGGGGCCUAGAACACACAGGAAUGCGCCAAAUGCCCCUGAUGGCCAAAUAAUGGCACAUUUACAGAAUUUUCUUUGACAUUUUUUACUUCCAAAAUGUGUUUUUUUUACAUACAUGAGGCCAGAAAAGUCUAAGAUUUAUCAAGAAAAGACACAACUAAUUGCUAUUUUAUUUAAUAAAUAGAAAAGAACACAAGAAGGAAAAGUUUUAACUCCGAAAUAGGCUUUUUAAACAAAUACAGUAUGUAAUUCUGCAAGCUGAAGAAUCCUGUGCAUGCAACAUUGUUUUUUCAUUUUGUCUUCAUUUAGCCAUGAGGCUGUCACACUAAGCAUACUGACUAACAAAACUCAUAUGUGCAUGGAGAACUAUAUGUUUCUGAAGUUGUUACUGAUCAGACUGUGAAUGUGUGUAGCGAUCACAUCAACACACGCUGACAGACAAAGACAGAGGAUCUACAGCAUGUACGUAAUCUGCAAUAUGUGCUGCAACUUUGAAAACACGUGCAAAAGUCCAGAACGAAUGUAACAGAAGAAAUGAAAUAACUGCAUUAACAAUAUGUGCUGCAAAUACCUGAUUGAUACACAGUAAAAGGAGAAAACACACUAAAACAAGAAGCAGAACCCUGCAAAUCAAGAUGUUCUCACAGACGUGUUUCUGUAGAGCCUGUAAGGGCACAGAGUAAAACAGGUUUAUAACUGAUUGGACAGAGAAGAAGACACUCAACUUGUUAAAAAUGGGAAAGCAGCAUGGUUUGGUAUCUGGGAGUCAUGUCUGAAUGCAGCCGGCAGAGUCUGGCCUUAACUCUGACACCAGUACUGGCAGAGACACAGUGAGAAUAGGAACGAGUGAGGGAAAUGUCAGGCAUACUUCUUUGCCUUAAAAGGCCUAAACAGGGUGUUUCGGAUGCUGCUUGGGAUGCGAAAUGCUACCAGGGCUUGGUAGUCAGCAUACCCGCGCUCUCUGAGCCUGACACUGGACCGGGUCAGCUGAUGAUAGUGUGAGCUGAGUGGCUGGCAGGGGAAUAGCUGGGGAAGCUGCAAGGUGGACUCCAAAUGUCCUGGUUCUUCUACCCUUAAGGCUCAAUUCAGACCUUGAAAUGGGGAGAUUUCCAUGCCUGACACCCCCUUCAUUCUCACCAUAUAUUCAGUAUGAAUGAACAAAUCAAUCCUCUCUUUUACUUUUGUUAACUUAACCAACUUUAAGAUACUCCAUCAACUUCAGCAUGACUCCCUGUUGCUAAACUACGCCGCUCUCUCUAGACACACUUAAUGCCGCGGGCCUGUUGGCUCUGGUUUCCUGGCAGUCUGAAGCUCCAGUGACUGUGAGUGGAGUAAACAUCAACACUCACAAGCACUGAAAGCCUGACACUGGACUUGCCGAGAUCCUUUUUCUGACCCAAACUACUCUCAGUGUCGGUUCCACGAGAAAAGCAAAGAAAUCAGAAACUGUUUCUCAAUCAAGCAGAGAAAGACUGGAUUUGACACAAUAUACUUUUUAAAACUCUCAUUUGUUUGUUUAUUUGACUAUCAUGAAAUGUUGCGUAUAUGUCAUACAUAGUAGUUGUAAUUUAGGCUCAUUUUCACGGCAAAUAUUCCUGGUUUGGCUUCUUAAAUGAAAGGAGAAAUGACAGGAAAUUGAGUUUAAAAUACUAAUACCAUUAAAAUCAUUCAACAAGUAAUAAAAUUCAUGAACUUGAACUUCUGCGAAGAUGGAAACUAGCAUAAACAAAGAAAAAAAUAAAGUAAAAUGAUGGCCUCGUUUGCACAAGCUGUGUAUAUAUAUAUUUAUGUGAUCUGCAGUUUUAAAUGAUGCAGUUGGAGCUCACAGACUUGCUCCAGUUUCAACCAUGUCUUUAUUUGUGUUUUUAAAGCCUUAAAUUCUGUCUGUUACUUGAUUUCAGAUGGUAAUGCGCUCCAUAGUUGUAUAACUCUCGCUGAAAUGGAUGAAUGACCAAAUGUUGUUCUACAUUUCGCUGCCAAACAGUUUCCAUUAUGCAGUGCUGCUCCUCUGAUUCCACUACUUUAUUUACAGGCUGACAGAAUGUUUCUGCUACAAGGUUGUUCGCACACUUAAAGAGGAGUUUUAUGAAUGAAAAAUUUACUUUAAAAAUUCAGUCAAUCUGACAGAUUUUAGAUAACGAGAGACAGAAGGACAUGAUCGUCAGACACACACGCACACUCCUCUUGUGUUUAUUAUUACUUAUUCUAAUAACAGACUGGGCCUCUUAAUGUCUGGGCUUCUCCAAUCAAUAAUUAGUUAUUUUUUACCUGUAAAACUCUGAAGAACUUCCUUUAAAAAGUCUUGACUUGCAGCAAUUCCUUGUGCUGUUAUUUUCAGCUUUUCUGUGUUUUUGACUUCAUUCAUGUGUUUGCAGAGCGUUUUACUGAAUUUACAUUCAUUCCACCGUUUGCAGCACGAUUUCUCCUAAUGAUCCCCUGGGGCUGUUGCAGGUCCUUUGCCUUUGAAGGCCAUUGUAGAUACAUCUGCAAAGUGGAGGUAACUCAGGUUACUGUUCCAAAUAUGCCAUUAGCCGGCAAAAUUUUUGGCCCUCCACCCCGGGAAAAGGUUGGUUUCUGAGUGCUGUAAAUUCAGUGAUUUUGUUAUUAUUUGCUGUCUUUGGGCUGCCUCUGGUAAAAUAUCCGCAGCUCUCAAAUACCUGUUGAAUUGGCACUGCAGCUCUGGUCAUUUUAUUGGAGCUAGCUGCUGCUGCUGCUGCUUCAUAUUUCAUCAGUAUCAUCAUUUGGAUGACAUUUUUUCAGGGACAUUCAGUAUUCCCUGUGUUAAAACUUGGGGACCUAUAAACCUACAGCACAUUUUGCAAGUUGCAGUUGUGUUAUCCUUCUCUGAAACACUGAGAAACCUUCACACUUUCGCUCUGUCAUCAGCUUGUUGCGGCCGUGCUUACGGCUCAUCGUUUCUCUAUGUAAUGAAAUUUGUCACACUGUCAGUGAUUGUGUCAGAAUGUGUCGGCUUUUUAAUGAAUGAAUAAAAACAACUUUCAUCCGUAGCAUAAAUUUGUAGUAUCAGAAUAAUGAAUAAUAUUUAAUAUGAUAUUUUCCUGAGUCUUUCACCUUUCUUCUGUAUUUAUUUAUAUAGCCAAUAAAAUCUAAUUUAUUUGAGUAUUCUUUGUGUAUUUAUGUUCAAAAUGUGAGACUACUCAGUGAAGAUUAAAGCUGAAAGCUGCCACAUAAAUGUGACUCAUUAUCUGUCGGAUGUAAAUCGAUAUAAUGAUUUAAAAUUUGUUCUGUAUCUGUCAGUGUUUUUAAGGCAGUAAAAUCUCUCUUUUAGUGAAUUUGGAUUACAGUUCUUUGAGUUUUAUAACAGGUUGUUGAUACGACCUCUAACAGCAGAGUCAAUUCCUCUGCUUUCUAAACAAACAUCAGUUACCUAACAUCUAUUGAAUUAAAGAGCAGAAUAGUAAAAUGUGUCUUUGCUUUUUUAAAAGAAAUAGCAUUUCACAUUCUGUUUGAUCAUUCUCUUAUUUUGCAUGCUUCACUAAAGCCUGUAUUAUAAAUAUUGUAUAAAAUGAUCAUUUAAAAACAAACCUGAAUCUGAGGUCCCCUCGGCUUUGCAGUUCUCUGUUGCCGGUUGCUCAUUGUCUGGGUUUUAGAUCUAUAAUGUCCCUUUUUAGUUCACUCUUACAGCUCUUGUUGUGUAAUCAUAACAGCUGUGAAAAUGCUCUACAAACACAAUACAUUUAACCUGUUUACCACCUCGCAGCAGACAGAAAGAGCAUGUUAAGAAGUAAAGAAUAUAGUGAAGCAUUUAUCAGCCUAAAAGGCAGAUAUUUCCCUCAGGAUUUGGUGGAGACUUAAAAAAAAAAACUGCUAAGGCAGUGAAAUUGGACUUACGUCUUCCAGUGACUUCAAAUGAAUGAUAAUGUGGCUCCACGUCUGCUGGAUGUGUAAAUGAGCGACUGUUUGCUAACAAGUUCACAAUAUAACUUUGUUGGGUUCGAAGACAACUUUUUUUACGGCUGCCCCAAGUGGCUCCAAUAAAUAAGUAAAUAAAUAAAUCCAGAUUUAACAUGAAAAGGUUUUAAGCUCAGGGAAAGGCUAAUGCUGUAACAAAGGGGGGAAAAAAAUAAAGAAAAUAUUCACCGGUGCACAGGGCUGAUAAAUAAUAAAUAACGAUAACAUGUUUUGUCUCCAACAACAAGUGAAGUGAAAGGAACCAAUGAGGACCAGUUCGCCAAGCAACUGGGACCAGUUUGUGUUUGAGGGAUGAUGAGUGACAUCCCAAAUAACCUCAAAAAGCAGUGCCGGUUUUUGAAGGAUGAUAAUUGUUUUGAAUUUCCUUUUUUUUUUUGGGGAUGUUGAAAAAGUUUCUUUCCAGCCAGCGGGCAAAUAUGCCUCCGAAUCCUGAGCUGUGUAAAAAAAACACAAAAAGUGAAGAAUUGGUGUUUAUUCUAUAACAGUGAUAACAAUAACAAUAAUAGGUCUGCUCUUUGCCUUGCAUGCCACACAAGGUAUUCCUGUUUAUUUUAUAAUUAAAAAAAUCCAUUCAUCUAGCAAAUUGCUUCAUGACUUCUGCUGUUGCAAUUUUCUGCUUGCCUGAUAUGCUUAAUGAUACCAUCAGCAUCUUAACUAGUAGGUGUUGCUCUUUUCUCCUUUGCUCUCCCUCACAACCUUUUAAAUUCAUCCUUUUAAUUGAAUUUUAGGUCAACUGAUUAUGGGACCACAUACGAGAAACUUAAUGAGAAAGUGGGGUUGAAAACCAUCCUGAGUUACCUGUACGUGAGUCCGAACAACAAAAGAAAGGUAAGCGUCCACAUUUAUGAAUCCCCCUGCCUGUGUCGUAGAAGUUGUAAUCACCUCGCAGCAGACUUAUUAUCAUUUUUGCUACAUAGCAGCCCUGCUGGAGCUUGUACCGCGCUUCUAUUCCGAGUAGCAGGAACGCUCUUAAACCCUGUGGAAUGGAUGCUGUCAAGGUGGGCCGCUGAUUCCCCGUCUCCUUUCUUGUCUUGUCUCAGAUCAUGUUACUUACAGACCCGGAGGUGGAGAGCAGCCUGCUCAUUAGCCUUGACGAGGGGGCGUCCUAUCAGAAACAUAGCUUAGCCUUUGAUAUCCUCAGCCUGCUUUUUCACCCCGAGCAGGAGGACUGGAUCCUGGCUUACAGCCACGACCAAAAGGUAACGUGUGGCUGUCAGAUGGCAUAAAAAAAGAUGGAAUACAAUCUGAAUAAUGUGAAGGAAAUACCUCAAAUCAAAAAAAUUCCAGCAUGGAAGUAUGAGCUUUGUGAGUAGCUCGCAUGCUGCUUGACAGAUCGUUUCUCUUUCGAGUUCAUUUUACAUGCCUAGUUGGUUGACCGAAAAUGAAUUUCUCAACACAAAAACACAUAAAAUAGAUUCUUUUCUCUCUCUAAAGCAUCUAUUUUGUUAAAGGUGGGGAGUUAACCAAAGCUAAAGCACACAGCUGCUCACCUGCACCCCUGAAAAAGUCAUACGGUCUGGUUGCAGUCUUUUACUUUGAAAGGAUUUGUCCUAGACAGCACAGGGGAAAGCUAACAAGGAAGACACGCCCAAGCAAUUCGCAGGCUCACUCACACACACACUCCUGCACACACAACUGCAAUGGCAUAAACACACACACACACCAUUACUCUGUGUGAGAACCCUGCUGUCUGCUUUACUCAGCACCGCAGACAUCAAACUCGGCCUCCCCAGCCUGCUGCUAUUUGGAGGACUUGAUUUUUAGAGAGAAACACAGUCAAGGUCUGAGAAGUGAGAUAAAUGGUGCAGGGAGGAAGAUGAAAGCUUAGUUUAAGGCCAUCGAAGGGUCAAAAUGAAGAUGCUCUGGAGAAAUUUGGCUCCAGGUCACUCUGUGCAUCUUUGCAGAGCUAAAUUUCAUCAGUGUGUACGAGUUUUUUUUAGCAUAGCUGAAAUUAAUCUCGGUUUCAUUUAGCAUCUAUCGAUUGACUGUCAUGUCUUUUAAAAGUUUAAAGCUCUCAGAUGGGUAAAAAUGAUGCUGUUUAUCCUUGUAAAGCUCAGAGCUUAAGAUGCUUGCAGCUCAAUCAUUAUGGCAAGAUGACAGGCUUUCUGAAUGCUCGGACAAAAGUCCGACUUUGCAGUAAAAAAGGAGACUAAUGGCUUUGUGGAAAAGACAGAAUAUUACGAUGACAGUUAAAUGAGUGAUUUUAAAAUGCCAAUUAGUCAGAGAUCUUACUGAGAUAUUAAAGGGGACACUUUGAUUUUAAGAUGAAAGCAGAUUUUUUAUGUCCCCCCUACCCUCCUUUUCUUGGCAUCAGCAUUAUUCCCUUUUUUCUCUGCAUUCUUCCUCGACAUUGUAAACCUGGCUGCAGAGUAGGACUGAAUCUUUAAAGGAACUGACAGAUUUUCUCAUCGUGGAUGCAUUUUCACAUAAAGUAUGCGCUCAGCAGUGCAGUAUUCAAAACAGCUCCACCGUAUUGACGCUACAAAGUCUACCAAUGUGACAGCUGCUUGAUAAUACAGUUGGACGUAAAUCAUGGCAUAAUUCUCUUGAAUAUUCUGACUGGGAAGCACAUUUCUCCUACUGUAACUCAUUUGCUUAAUGCAUCUCUCUUUUUUUUUCUAUCAGCUCUAUGUCUCUGUCGAGUUUGGAAGAAGAUGGCAGCUUGUGCACGACAGUGUUGUCCCCAACAGAUUCUACUGGUGAGUUUAACAAUCAGUCUUUUGUGAGGGGAUUCAUCUUUCUAGGAGAGAAAAAGCUGAUGUGUUGUUGCACCAUAUUUUGACAUAGUAAAAAAAAAAAAAACAACAGUAUGAAUAAUAGACAGGCCCAGAACAAUUCUACAUUAAUAAAUUAAUAUGUAUGCAUUUUUAGCUUUCUGUUUACAGCACUGGAACAGAGGGGAGAUGUCUGUAAAUAUUUACAUCAGAUUGUAGCAUAACUAAGAAGUUCACAGACUCAUACUGAAUUAAUAUUUCCUAAGUCUGAUCAGUCAUUUGCUUAUUUACAGUCACAUCAACAAAAAGCAGAGUCUGUCAUUGAAACGUUAGGUUAAGUAAAAGGAUAUACUUGUUGAUAAAAUGAAGUUGCACACCUUUUUACAUGUAAAUAAUCAUUAAAGUCAGACUUGAAGGUGGGGUAAGAUGGAUCUGAGGAAGUGUCAGUUUGUGGGAGAAAUCUUGAAUGUAAACUCUACCCCUCCUAACCAGUUUUCCCCUCAGCUCCUCCUCUCCCCUCCCGCUCUGCUGCAGCAAGCCCCGCCCACUCAAAUUGUUUGAAUUAAAUUCAGAUAUAAUGCAGAUAAAUACUUCAGAUAAUUACAAAUGUGGCCCAGUCAACGUGAAAGUAAAAAUGCCUUGGUGCUACUGUAGAUGCCAACAGACUACCAGCAAACACAAUAUUUGCAGGACUUCUACUUCCUCCGUUUUAAGCCCCCAUUAUUUUGCCAAAGUCUCUGGUAUUUGCUUCGUUUUCUUGCUUGUGUUGGCAGUCCUGGCCAAAUGAGGUUUCAGACAAUUUUCCGUACUUUCUGUACGGUACUACUACUACUUCCAUACUUCUGUACUGUGGUUGGUUUCUACAGUCCGUUAUUGUAGCAUGCUAACUUUUGUUGGGCUCGUAAGCGUAAAUCGAGGAUGUGGAGCGUGCCUCACAACAUGACGGGAGGAGUGUCUGCCUCACAACCAAUCAGGACUAAGGAGCAGUGUCCGCCAACCAGUCAGGUCGGGGAGGUGGAGAAUGGCUUUGUUUACAGUCAUAAAGAGCGGGCCACUCGAAAAUUUUAAAAUGUUGACUACACAGACAACAAAACACAGAAAUAUCGUGAUAUUCCCAAAUGUCAUCAGUAACUAAUAGCUACUGACUGAUAUUAAAACCUUUUUUGUAUACACACUACAAAAGUAGAUGCUUCUUUAACCGAUUCCUGCCUACCCCACCUUUAAUUGACCAUGACCUCAUUUCUCCUUGGAGUUUGAAGUUUCACACAAAAAGUCUGAUGAGAUAAAAUCUUAAACCCCGUAUAGUGUGAGCCUGCAGAUAGAUGUUCAGGAGGUGAUUGGGCUGAAAGUUUGUGCGCAGCACUGGUGCAGGACAGCUGUGGGUAUGACAGAGCAGAAGGGGAGCCUGAAACUCUUGCAUCCUAAGCAGACCGCCUAAUUGGGAGGAUAUGUUUGUCAGGUGAUUGUGUGAAUGACGCCCGUCAAGUGUGAGAAACAGGGCAGCUCGAAGCGGCUUGCAGGCAUCGCUCCAUUAGUAACAGUCGAUUCUGAUGCAUCCAUGCCGAGUUGAAGUGUAUUGUUUUAUUGGCUGAACUGCAGCGAGUUUGAACUACUUUAUACAGUUCAUGUACAGUGUUGUUAUUCUGUGCAGGAGUGGCUCACACACGGGUUGUGAGUUAGACUCUCUGUUGUUGAAGUAUUUGGUUGCAGCUUUCAGAUACAUUAAUGGCAGUAAUUUUCCCUGAAAUGCAGCAAAAGCAUAAAAUUAAGUAAAACUAGAUUAAUGAGUUUCACUCGAGUAUUUCUAUUAUGUUACCACUCAACACUGAUUACAGCAAGGGUAAAAGCUGAGCCAGUCAAAUCAAUUACUGAGUUUAAUAACUUUUCUUUAGUAACCAAAUCCCUCUUUUUGAUUCGACAAAGGAUUCAGAUCUUGAAGUAUUUUUCAUUGGUUUUUAUGUCAUUUUUUAAUUGAACCCACACAAUGAAUAAUUAAUCCAAUGGAAUAACUCUGCUUAAAUAACACCGUAAAAGUGCCUGGUUACCACCAUGUGUUAAAAAUCUAAUUAUAUGCCAGUAUGAUCAAUCAGAUUUGAUUAAUUCUGUAUGAUAUCUGAUGUAUUUCAGCUAAAGCUGGCUUGAUCAUAUAGCAUAGGGCUUCUGGGCGCCUCUUUGAGUGUUUUAGUAAUAUUAGCUAUAAGGUGCUGUUGCAGGGAUCAUGGCCUAGGAUAAAUGUUUAAUUUAUAGAUUUUUAUAGUUGUUGGCUACAAAAUCUAUCAGCCAACUUGGAUUUAGGUCAGUGCAGUUUUUGCACAUUUUGCAUGUGGCUGAAAUCCACUGACCCCGCACUCAUCAGCAAUAUCACAGGAAACAAAACAGUAAAAACCCUGCAGGGAAGAGAUAGUGUGAUUUUUGACAAAAUAUUCUACAAGGACUGCCUCUUAUUUACAAAAAUAUAGUUCAAUAUAUAAGGGGAAGGUCUUUGGUUUUGGGAGAGUAAUCUUGAUUCGUUUCUGUUUGUUCUGGUUUGUUUGUUUCUGUGGUGAAAUUUAAGCUCACAGUAACACAGUUUGCAAGCUUGGAACAUCUGCAGAACUCAAAACAGCUGCACGACAAGAAUCCACAGUUAAUUCUAUUAUCUAUAGGGUCAUGCAUGCAUGAUAUUUUUCAGUUCAUGUAGACUCACAAGACUCUACAAACAAAGCUGCAGAGGGGAAAUAUUUAUCAGACUAAAGCAAAACAUCUCAGUAAUAUUAAAACUACAAUCAAGACUAUUCCUGUACGCAUCAUUUUCUAACAGGAAAAGCUCAUCAGGAAUAGUUGAGGGGGAAAAAAAGGUGUUGCUUGUAAGCCUCAUCGAAAUCACACGACAAUCAGCGCCUUUUUUUUUUUUUGCUGCAGGGGAGCAAUUAAAUCUGUUUCUGCGGAUAAGUGAUAUGUACCUAAGCUCAGCUGUGCACAUAUAGAUCUUUGUUCCCUGUAAAGCUCUAUACUGUUGUUAUUUUACAAAAGAAUACCUCUAUUGAGUAGGUUUGGGUAUAACAAGACUCUUUUCCUGAUGCACAGGGGAGAGCUGGCGCACGUUAAUAUGAAUUUUACAGUAUAAUCUGUCUUAAAGAUGAAGAAAUGAGUGAACAUUAAAUGCAUAUAACCCGUUCACCCAUCCAAGAAAUACAAAAUACACCAAACUAAAACUCUUUCAAGUAAGUCACUGUUAAGAGAUUCAAGAUUCAAGAUUCAAGAUUUGUUUAUUUGUCAUAUGCAUGUUAAACAAGAUGAGAGGACCACUCGACUCAAAGGAGUACACAUAAAACACACAAUAAGUACUUAGAGGAAUACAAUAAAAAUGAUACAAAAAUAUUAAAGAUGUAUAAGAAUAUAAGAGAAAUUGUAAAUUUGUGAAAUGGGAGAUAAGUUGGUGGGAUAAAUGAGGUAUGAAUUGCCAUAUUGCUCAUGAUGAAUAAUGGUGUAUGAGUUGCUGUAUUGCACAUGGCUUAAGGCUUAUUAAAAAUAAAGUGUAUGUCCAAGUGUGUUUAAAAAAAAAACCCACUAUAUAUAUUUUAAGAGGAUAUUUAUUGUGUCAGAAUGAAUUUGUAAAAUCAGGCAGUUUUUGGCAGUUUUGGCAUCCUACAGCGUUUGGCAUGAUCCUGUUAAACCAUGAUCAAUCGAAAAACACAUCUUUGAUGUUCCAACAUACUCCCCUUCUGUCUUAGGAAACAAGUCAACCCCGAGUUAGGCAUGCCAGAGUAAAACGUUCCCAAAAUCAUCAGAGAUCGGCUUUGUAAGAAGUUCUUUCAUCUCACCAUUUGCUGUUUGCCUUAUCUGAGGAAAAUCUGACAAACAUGAUUUACAAGAACAUGUUAACAGGCACCUCUGCUAGUCAGGCGCAGGGUUAGUUAUGUGGAGAACACAGCGUUACAUUGCAGGCGUUUAUUUAAGAGCGAGGGCCCGCUGUUCACUGAUAGAAUUGGAUGAAGUAUUUGACAGAAAGUCCAUUAAAAGAGAUGGAGCUGUGAGGCAAUUACAGAGUGCUGAGGGAAGCAGGAUGGGGGCUUUCUAUAUUAUAGUUCAGACACAGUAUGGAAAAUGAGAAGAAACCCAUCUUCUGUCACAACAGCUGCUAUUAAUACAACAAGUGGUCACUCCUGUCGUUCUGCACUUAACCACUAUCUUGACGAAUCUCUACUGAAAGAGAAUGAAAUGGCUAAGUACACCUUCGCUAUAAAGUACGGCUCAGGUCAAAUGUCCGUCAGACCAGUGUUUAAAGAUGAGCUUGUUGUAUUAUUGCUCCUCAGAGAACAGUAAAGCUUUUUUAUUUCCCAUGUCCCCUUACAAAGUCAAAAUGAAAAUCAAACUCUAAUGUGAAACACUCAUACUGCAGUUCUGAUGACAGAAAAUUAGAAGAUUGUUUUGGGACAGCAGCACAAUAAAGUCUUUUAUUGGAAGGUUUAUUGAGCCGCUAAAUAUUCAAAGAAAAUAACUUAAGAGAGUAAUAAUGGAACACAGAUACUUGACAACCAGUUUUUCAUUUCUAUCUGUGUGUGCUGGAAAAUAAGAGGUUUCUGACCUGGGUGUCAUAACCAAGUACAGUCCUGUGAUAAAUCUGAUGGGUAACAAGCUGAUGAUAUACUGAUGCAUGUCUUUUACCCCAAAAUAAUGACUCUGCCCUCUCUAACAGCUUCUUUUUUUUCUUCAUUUGUGAAAUCCCUUCACAGCAGUAAGAAUCAGGCAUUCAUAAAUCAAACUCUUUAUUUGUUUUUACUCUCCUUUCUGUAAAUAGACUAUUUUUAAAGCUCUGAUGAGGCGUCCUCCUUGGACAAAGCAAUCUUCGCUUAUCUUGUCCUCUACGUGCAUCAUCCAAAAUAAAUCUUUGGUAACACUUUAUUUGACGCCUAUCUCUAUAACGCAUUGUAAAUAUAUUUAUAAUGCGUUAUAAUCACAUUAUAGCACUGUAUAACUAUAGUUAUAAACACUCAUAAAUGAUCAUAAUGAUUUAUGGCAAUAAUCAUAACAUAUUAUAAAAGCAUGUUAUCAUGACUUACAAGGUCAGGUAUUAUAAUGUGUUAUAACUGUUAACAACAGUUGUAUUGCAUUAUCUUUGUGGGCAUUGUCGGUGAGUUGUUAACAGUAGCGUGAUUAUAACGCAUUAUACAUAUAUUUAUAAUGUGUUUAGAGAUAGACAUCAAAUAAAGUGUUGCCAAGUCUUCUCCAGCUGACCUUAAGCAGUCAAAGGAAUCAAUCAGCUGGAAUAUUUCAUCUUGAAAUUGUAAAAACAGCACAUCUUUUCCCUGAUGGUCUCAUUUGUUUUGGGGUUUCAUGAAAAGGCAUCAAUUUGAAUUUCAGUCUGUUUCAUAAAUAAAUGUAAAAAAAAACUCUUUAUAGAGGCUUUAAGUAAGUUUCUGAAACACGUCAGAGAAACUUUAAGAUUCACUAAAAUCCUUACUAUCCUAAAAAAAGGAACAUAUACAGUAUGUGGAAAAUAUCUCCAGGUUCCCCUUAACUUCACUGCUAGUCUUUAAAAUAUAACUUUUAUAGGGUGACUAUUCGUCCUCUUUUACCCGGACAUGUCCUCUUUUUGAGGGGCUGUGCGCCUCGCCCGGGGAAGUUUAUAAAGUCCUUCAAAUGUCAGCGUUUUUCUACAUAAGUUUCGAGUUUGUGUCACAUGGACUUACUGAGUUAGAAGAGCAUAAAAGACACUUGAUCCGACCUGAAAAACUCUCCAAAUUAACUUUGUAUGACUCCGCCCCUGCGUAGUCGUGUCCUCUUUUGGGAAUUUAGAACUUCACCGUAACUUUAAGCUAACCUAAUAUGUGCCUUAAUAGCUUACUUUAUGGAUAAACCAGUUUAUUUUUUAUACUGUACGUAACAUAGUUAUUCUCAACUAACAUUUACAUUUCAGCACUUUAGUCAUAAAUAAGCUAUGAAGGUAAGAAGGCCAAAAAAAACCCCACUGCUCUUUAGUGUCUAGGCUUGAAACAAAAUAUAACUUCAUCUUAAGAGUCCACAAGCUGAGACGGUCUAAUUUCAUAACCAUAAGUGGGUGCAGUAUUUCAUUAUUAAUGAACAGGAUUUUAUCAUUAAUUGACAUCUAGCCUGAAGAAGAAAACUGAUCCCUCUCUCCUGCGUUGUCCUGGUGUUACAGGUCCAGACUGGGUCUCGACAAAGAGCAAGGGAUGAUUCACCUGGAGAUCAGCGUCUCUGAUGGGCGUGAGUAAAAAAAGAGUUUGUACAGUUUGUACCGACAUUUGUUGCAAUACCCAACCCUGCUUCAGAAACUAACUUGGGAGUGAUUUAAUCUUUUUGCUGCCCUCACUAAAAACCGCGUCCCCCAUUUGAAUUGGCUUGGUGGAGACUCUUCAUACGAUUAAGCUAAUUCAUUUUUUAAGGGCUGGGCUGUGACUUGGCUCUGUUCUUGGCCACAGUGCAAAGAGGAGGGGUCUUCCAUAAGGCCUUGUGUGUUAAUGCCCCGUCCCUGGGGAGGCUGCCUCAUUUGGCUGAUGCUAACACACUGGGACAGCACUAUCUACUUUAUCUAUUAGCAAGAAUAAGAAUUGGCCUCUAAAAUGUUGCAUCAAUGGCUCGGUUAAUGCCAUCAGCAUAAGUGAUGCAAAACCUUGAUUUUGAGCUACAGAAGGUUGUCUGUUUUCCCCUUUGCUGUUUUUUUUUUUAAGCAUCCGUCUCUUGUUUCCCCACAGGGUCACAGUACAUAACUUGUAAACUUCAGAAUUGCUCUGAUGGAAACAAGGGCAAGCCUUUCCCUGGAUUUAUCAUCCCUGAUUCCCUGGUGGUUCAGGAUGAAUACGUUUUUAUCCAGGUGGGUUUUUAUCGCAAGGUCUGGCUUCAUUAAAAGACAAUUAAAAGCCAUAAAACCACUGCAUUCAGUUGCAUCUUAAUGUACAGUCAAGUUUUUCAUUAACUAAAAGGGACCAUUAUCCUGAGAAAAGAUGGCAUUGGAAGUGAAGUCACAGUGUCGUGUACUGUACUAAAACUCUGCCACAAUACAAAACAUCCUAAUUAGUGGCAAACUCAGAGUUUUGAUGGUGGUUUUAAUUGUUUAAAAACAUGCUGCCAGCAAUCAGCGCACCCGGUGAAGUUUAUGAAUAUUCACCUGACUUGUGAUGAGCUUCAAAUUGCUCUAUUAUGCUUGUUUUUAGGUGCCAAUAGGUGGCCAGUCUGUCCAUUAUGUGUCCUAUAAAAGAAACGCUUUCUACCCCAUGAAGCUUCCCAAGUACACACUGCCAAAGGUAAGAAGACUGCUGCAGAGCGAGGCGUGUUUAGUGAACCAGUCCCAUGCAGAGACACAAUCUGCAGAGCAAGUGCAGCGCUCAUUUCACUGUGAAACACUCAUACUUUCAAAUGGUUUUAAAUGGGCUUGUUCCCAGUUAGUCAUGAUGUUUGCUGACAAAUCCAUUAAACUGUUUACUCCGCAUUAUUACCCUCCUGAAAACUGAUUUGCCUAUUCAUAAUUAUAUCUUCAGAUCUCAUGUUUAUUCAAGAGCCAUGCUUAGUUUUUAAUCAAUUGCCCUCCCUUCUGUAUCAACAGAUACUGAAUUGAUGAAAAUAAAUCUGGUGCCGCUCAGUUUAUGUUCCCGAGAACUUGUCUUUGAAGAAAAGCCCAGUGUAUUUGCACAAAACACAGUUUGCCACUGGCUUUCAUUCAGUAAAGGCACAGCUAGAUGGCUUUGCGGUUUGAGUGGUCAUUUUAUGUCAACAGGAGAGAUUUAGAGCCCACAGUGUUGCGUCGGUCCAACCAUCCAUCCAUCCAUGUAUUCUGUCAAAGUUUCUUUGAGUUGGAUACACUACUUCUCCCCACACUGGAUAAAAGGUUCUGUAAAAAUUAAAUGGAGCCUGUCUUCACUGUUAGUGCAUGGCAUGAAACGCCUGAGGUCUAAUCCCUGCUGAUCCUGACUGAAUCUUGUCAAGAAGUGACAAAUCGCGAGCUAGCUGCAUGAGCUCUGGAACCUCUGUGCUCUCAUUUUAACACUGUUUUACUGAAAGAACUCCUUUAAACCAUCAGUUUUUCUGGCUGCUUAGCAGUGUCCUCCGCACAGAGACAACUACUGAUGAGUUAAAUCUGUUCAGGACUUGCAGAUCAUCAGCACUGAUGAUAACCAGGUGGUAGCAGCGAUUCAGGACUGGCACCAGAACGAUUCAUACAACCUGUACAUGUCGGAGUCCAGAGGGCUGUUCUUCACCCUAAUGCUGGAGGACGUUGUGAGCAGUGGAGGACCUGAAGGCAACAUCAUGAUCGACCUCUAUGAGGUGGGCAGCUACAGUGCUGUUGGGCUGGUGCGGUCAUCCUCUUAUACCUGUGGUUAUUCAGGCACACUGGAUUCAACACUAGCCUUGUUGUUUAACGCUGCAGCUUAUGGGACAAUAUUACACAAAUAACGUCUAACAUAAUUAUGUGCAAUCAUUUGUGAAAUUUGUACAAGAUUGAGAAAACUGAUCUAAAACUUUUUCUUAAGAUCUACACUUAAAGGCAUGGUUGACGAUCUGAAGAGCUGUUGAGGCAGAUUUGAAAAAAGCGUCCCACUCCCCACACACAAACCUCACCCCUCUGUGCCCCACAAACUCCCCCCAAACCUGUAUCAUCCUCCUCACGACACACCCCCUCUGGCAGAGCAAAAAGCCAACCAGCAGAAGAUCCUACGCUAGCUUCAAAUAGGAUUCACCAUGUCGGAUUGCUCGUGACUAGCGGCGGUAAACGCCAGCUCUGCUAGCGAUCACUGUCUGCAGCUGCCUGGACAGCUACCAUGUUGACAUUGCAGAGACUAAUAAGCGUUAUUUAUGUAACAUGUGCCACAAUAAAAGGCAAAAAUUACCUGUUCAACAAAAACUCUGCUGUCUCGGCGUCUGUUUUCAGGCCCAAAUCCUGGCAGAGCUUUCUCCACCGCUUGAAGGGUGACCCAAUGUUUAUUCGAGUUAGAUUCCUUGAUUGCUCACAUUUUCUCUUCGACUUUGCCCUUUCCUCUGUCGGCUUGCAUUUUCUUCCCACUUUUGGCGGUGGGGCAAGCAGAAGUAUUUUUUCCCGUCCUUCUCCAUCACAGCUCCUGUAGCUAAGCUGCUACGCUACUUUUAGCCGCUCAGAGCUCUGAGGAGGGCCGGGAGAGUGGGAGGAGACGAGUUGCAACUACGGGAGAGGGGUGUGUCGAAUACAGCGAGGUGAUUGGACGGAGAGGCGGAGCAGGAGAUUGACCAGUAAAAGCUGUUCGGGACGGAUGGCUCCCAUUGGUCAAUGUUUUUGCAGCCCUGCACCUGCUAGGGUGAAUGGAUUUUUUCCAUUUUUUUUCUCUUUACUUUGUGGAGAUCACACUAUAGGACCAUGAUCGCCAUAUAAACGCGGCUCAUAAUAAUUACCAAUCUUUCCAAUCGUCAACCAUGCCUUUAAAUUGCCUUUCUAUAAGGAACAGUGGACAGAGCAGGAAAUAGGGAGAGACCAGGGAAUGGAGCCAUAAGCUGGAAUCGAACCCUGGUUGCUUAGGGGGCAUAACCUCUGUAUGUGGGCUUCAUGUAGGCCAUAGACACCCUUCUUAAGUAACCCUUCUGUUUGUUUUCUUGGAAAUUUGGCCUCAAUAAUUCUCUGAAUAUUAAAAUAACCGCUGAUUGAUUUUGAUGAGCUUACUUUGUAUUUUGGAAUAAAUUGGCUUUUGAACUGUUUUUCCAAAAAUAUACUUCUAAUGAGAAAAACGUUGGACAGCUUUUAAUUAAUGAUGUAAAUAAUUCUCUUUGAACACUUAGAUUAAGCACCUCUUUGCCAAAUUCAUCAAUCAAAUCACCUUCUUGUGCGAUUUACAGUCUCUAAUUCUCCUCACUUUUUAUCAUGAGGUAUAAAAAUAAACUGGAGCCAACAUGGGAGGAAUAUGCGAUAAAAAAAGUUCCCAUUUGCUGAUUUUUGCUCUCAGUUAACAGCAGAGUACAAAAUUCAAGAGAAAACUGUAAAGGCCACCGACAGCCUAAAACUUUCUGUGAGUUUAUCUUGAUUUUCUGCCAUGUUUUCCUUAAGUGUACUCUGUGCUCAGAUGUCUUAGAUGUCCCCACAUAAUGGAACAGAUGUUGCUGCAUUGCAUUUUAUUCCGCUGUCCCUCUCUACUAUCCUCUUCCUGCCUGCUUUUAUUAUCUUUUCUAUGCCAAAAUGUCAUGCAGUAGCACAUUAGCUAGGUUCUGUCUUAGGAUAACACACCGUCUAUACGCAUAUACAGGAAAAGCAGUGUCACUUUAAGCCUCUUGUUACACCGCCUGCAGAAUAGCAGCUUUAAGUUGUGCUCUGGAUAUGUUAUAUGUGUGUCGACAGGGGUACUACUAGGUUGCGGUGACCGCACGUGUGUGUCACUCUGGAUUAUCCUCAUCUGCAGCCAGCAGUAAAAGCAUCGCAUUGUUAUUAACACACACCUUUGAAAGCCAUCAGUGCUAGCUACUCUGGCUGCUCACUGACCUACACACUCACACACUAAAUCCUGAAAUAUUUAGCGGCAAUGAUCUGACCAGCAGUGGAUGUAAAACAGUCAACCUGCCACUGACGAACAAGUAAGCUCUUUAAACGGAGGAGAAAUGUGAAUACUGCACAUGAGGCUGCAUCUCUGCACAUAAAAACAAAGAGUAAGAAAUAUCUCAGGGCUGCGCCAUAUGUUGUUUUGAUUCUGCAGAGUCCUACAGAUGGUCUAAAAUAGUGCUCCCUGUCAGAAAAGCUAUCACUUUCAGACAUCUCUUCCUCUCCGAACUAGGCCUUCAGCUUUACUUAAGUCUGAAUAAUUCACAGUUUUUUCCCCCUCCCUUUUUUGUUGUUUUCCCUCUAUCCCUCUCUCUCUCUCUCUUUCUCUCUUAUGUUUGCAGGUUGCUGGGAUUAAAGGGGUGUUCCUGUCAAAUAAAGUUGUUGAGAACCAAGUGAAAACUUAUAUCACAUACAACAAAGGGAGAGACUGGCGCCUUCUUCAGGCUCCAACAACCGAUCUCCAGGGAAACAAGGUCUAUUGUGAACAAGUAAGUGGGCCACUGACAAGAGAGAGAUUUGCUUAUUUGGAUUUCUGUUAUCUGCUCAAACAAAUACUUCCCUGGAUCCUGCUGUAGUAUGGUCAAAGACUGUCUCUCAUAUGAAGGAAGCUCUGAAAAAGUCAGGAACUGCACAGACCUUUCAAAUAAUUGAACAUACCUGAAGGGUUUGGGGUUUGAGGUUGGAGCAUGACUGAUACUGUACGGAUUACCGAACCUCUUGAAGCCUACUUGUCCUAAAUCAGAAAGACUUUCAUCAAUGUCAAAAGUCUGAAUCACAACCAUUUUUUUCCCAGUUUGAAACUGCCCAUUCAUCUAUUACACUAAACACUAUCGAGGUAUGGUGAAUUUUACAACAGAGUAUUAAGGCCACAUUAAGAAGAAAAAAAAUGUAGACUUUGAGAUUAAAGUCGUUAAUUUACGAGAAUAAAGUCGUAAUAAAGUAAUUAUAAUACUUGAAAUAAUGUGUUGAUGUGCCGAAAGAUUAAUAUUUCCUUGUUUGAGAAACCUUUAUUGAAGUAAAUUUUCACAACAACUGUCAUCUCAAACAACAGGGUAGAAUAUGAGGUCUGUAUUCUGACUUUAUUCGUGUAAGUAAUUACUUUAUUACAACUUAAUUCUCAUAAAUGAUUUUAUUUUGACUUUAUUCUUGUAAUUAAUAGUUUUAUUUUAACUUUAUUCUUGUAACUAAUGAUUUUAUUACAACCUUAUUCUCGUAAUUAAUAGUUUUAUUAUGACUUUAUUCUUGUAACUAAUGAUUUUAUUACAACUUUAUUCUUGUAAGUUAAUGAUUUUACCAGACUUUAUUCUUGUAACUAAUGAUUUUAUUACGACUUUAUUCUCAUAAUGAUUUUAUUAUGACUUUAUUCUCAUAAGCUAAUGACUUUAAUCAUAGUCUUAUUUGUUUUUUUUUUAUAUGGCUCUAAUAAUUUGUUGUAAAAUUUAAAUACAUGUUUCUAUUAAAUAGUUUUUUCCAUCAUUUUAACUUUAAGCAGUUGUUGCUGAAUUUUAUCAUUGUACAUAUACAGUAAAUAUAAAAUAAAAAAAGAAGUUUAUGAGUCCAUAAAAACAUUCAAAUAAGAAUAAAGUUUGUCCUUUACCAAAGACAGCCAUGAUAAAAAUUUCACAGAGGCAGUUUUACUAAAGAAGGCUACCACAAAUAUGUCUUUCAUCUAAACUACCGUUUCAUAUACUGCUGCCUUUACCACUGCUUCAGCUCACUCCUCUUGAUCUCUUACUUUACUGGCUUUUGAUAAUAAUAAAAAAAAAACCUUGAGAAUGGAGCAUUAAUCAUUACUACUAAAGCUUUGGUGUUUUCAGCUUUUUAAAGUUUCUGUCUGUACUUUGAUAUUCAACACCAACAGCACCACUUUACCCCUUUUACUUUUAACAGAGGCUCGAUGGUGUACAAUAAUAUGAUCGUAACAUUUUUAAUUGUAAAACUCCCCGUCCCAGUUUUCUCAGAUAUAUCAGUUAAAGCAUUCAGCCUAACUUUUUCCACAGAAAUGCUGUUUCGUCUCAAACCUAUCCUAUCCUCAUCUCAUUUUGACUUGAGGAAACUAAUCUGCUUUGUGUUUCUGUGUUUCUGCAGCCUCACUGUUCCUUACAUCUCCACCUGCAUGUCUCCGAGAAUCCCUACACCUCUGGGAACAUUGUCAGCAAAGAUACAGCUCCAGGAAUUAUAAUAGCAUCAGGUGAGGAGCUUAUUUGAUUUGCACCUUCGAUUUUUCACAUCCAUACUGUUGUUUACUUUCAGUCAUCUCGCUCCCGGUUCUCAGGUUGUGUUCCCAGCUCUGUCUUUUUCAGCUUACAGGAGUUUAAAAAAGGAAAAUCAGAUCAGUCUUUCUUGCAGAUCUGCUCAAUAGUUUGUCAGUGGAAAAACAUACACACUAUGUUGAUGCCUAACUUUUUUAUUCAGGUGUGGUUGGACCUGAGCUGACCAGUACUAAUGUCAGUAUUUUCAUCACAUCUGAUGCUGGAAACACUUGGAAAGAGGUACAGUAAGAUGUUUUAAUAAUAUCCGCUUUUCUUCACCUUUACUUUUUAGAAACGUGGCAAGUUCAAUCACGUUUCUCUUUUUACUGCAGGAGCUUUUUUUAAACUUGCCUUGAACUUACCCCCAAUUUAAUGCAGACACAAUGAAAAAAAAAAAACCUCAACAUCAGUCAGACAUUAUCUGAAUAAAAAACACACUGGAUCUGAUCUGGCUUUCUAUGCUAACUUUCAGCUCUCCCUUUUUUUUUUUCGCUUUUGGUGCUUGACACCGUUACAGAGGAAUAAGGAAUUGAGGUUUGACACACAGGCUUGUUGUGUGAGACAUGUGCAUCUCUGAUCUGCAAAACCGAUAAACCAAAAAGAGCUCGCUGAGUUUUGCCAUCGGCUUUAAAAACUCUGCAAACCAACAAAGAAAGCAGCCCUUGCUUGAUGCAUUUGUUUACCCACACAACUGAGACUCCUGUGUAAAGAGCAUUUGAAGUUUCUACUCGUUUAGUGUGUAGGAGUAAAGACGCGUGUUCCCUAUGUUGUCAGUGAUGCAUACUGUGUGUGUCGACUUAAAUGAUUCCUCUGGUGUGAUAAAAAGAAGCUGGUGGUGUGUGCAGGUUUUUCAGGAGGAGUACAGCGUGUUUUUCCUGAAUCAAGGAGGAUCUCUGGUGGCCAUAAGACACACACCUCUGCCAAUUAGACAUAUUUGGUAAGGAUUUCCGAGGACGGAGUGCAUCGUUUUUAGGGACUACACCCGAUCUUUAAAACAGGGGCUGAGACUGUUUCCCUGCUUGAGGCUUUUCUUGCUGACUUGUGGUGGGUCUGUUUGUGAUCUAACCAUUGUUCUCUCCCUCAGGCUGAGUUUUGAUGAGGGCAGAAACUGGGACAAAUAUAGCUUCACCUCCUCUCCUCUCUAUGUUGAUGGGGUGCUUGGGGAGCCUGGAGAGGACACCCUCAUUAUGACGUAAGAUAUAAAGAAAUCAGUAAGCGCUGAAAUGUCUCUAGUUUGUUAAUUAACACGCUGAGAAAUUAUAUGUCAACGAGAUGAAGUCUUAGAAGUGAACAUGGGCUUAUUUAAUGUGGUUUUGAAAGGGGUUUCAUUAGCCGAAGAUGUAGGGAAGUUUCCUCAGCCCACAGGGGGGACAUGGAUCAAAGUCAGAGCAUCAGAUUAUCUAGAUUUAGGCUUUUCUCCGCUGAAUUUACCCAUUUACUAAAUGUUCCUGACCGUGUUUGUCUGACUUGUUUGUGCAGAAUAUUUGGUCAUUUCAGCCAUCGAUCUGAGUGGCAACUUGUGAAAAUUGACUUCCGGUCCAUUUUCCAACAUCGCUGCACAUCUGAAGAUUAUGUGACAUGGCAGUUACACAAUGGGGUAAGAGGAUCCUGCUCCUCCCCGACUGGUGCUAACAUGAGACUUCUUGUCAUUGAUUAAACUCUGUUGAAUCUCUUUGAUUCAGUCACACAAUAAAAGCCAGAUGGCUCCCCAAAAAAAAAAAAAAACGAGAGAUAAAGAACCUCUGAAAAUGUUUUUGAUCCAUUAUUCAUCACAGGAUGAAGUGUGCAUCAUGGGAAUGAAGAGAAUCUUCCAGAAGCUGAAAGCAAACGUUCACUGUGUCAAGGCCAGAGAUCAGUAUAUUUCCCAGAUGUCAGACUCCUGCCCGUGCACAGAGGCAGAUUUUGAGUGGUGAGUUCCCCGCUCUGCAGCUUCUCCUUUCACUUCAUUAAAUCUAGUGCACAACGCUUUAUAUGUCUCCAGAGGCAGAGACUGUAAGGCAGACCGAAGGCACAACAAGAGGAGUAUUUGAAGAUUUAUAUGUCAUAAUUCAUAACCUCUUUAUCAUAUUUCUGUUAUCUUUCUAUAGGAUCUCUGCAGUUCACUUGGCUGUAGCUUAUAGAGUUAUGCAUGAAUAAUUAACUUGAUUUAUAGCUUUGCAGAGUUUUGCAGUCUAGUUACCAAAUCUGGAGUGUUUGAGUCUCAGCCCAGUCCUCGUUUUUUAAUAUUAUCACUAAUUAUUAGAUCACCACUAUUUCACUCCAAACUAUUAAGUGUGUGAAUCUCAGGAACUAGGUGAGAUGUUGUUCUGAAAGUGAGGAAAAGCACUGCAUUUAUUAACUUUAGAUUCUGGUGGAUCUUGUCGGCUUAUCUGCACAUCUAAAUUAUCAAUGAAGUUAAAGCGCUGUGUGUCAUGCACCACAUCUCUCUCUGGAGAUACACAGUGUUCCUGCCGCAGGAGUCUGAUUAACUCAAAAAUACCUGCAACUCCCUCUCUAUUACUCAGAGUUUUACCUGAACAUACACCUUUGACCCAAGGGUUAAAUUACCCAUGAGGCCAACAUAAACACGAGCACAUUAGCAGCUGGCUGAGAGUAAUGUAAUCAUUAGUACUGUGCAGGUAGCUUUUGCGUCUCAAUUACUCUCCUGGGUUUAACCUGGGCAGAUGUCUGUUGAGGUUUUAACUCACCCAGUUUUUCUUGUUGGCUCUUUUACACAUUUAACAUACUGAAGGGCUCAUGCUUGAGUUUGAGAUAAAAUCUUUGAAAGCAAAACUCACAAUCUAUGGCACCUCUUUAGGUGACAUGGCAGGAACAGUUGAAUCAAGACCCUAUACUUAAAAACUGACCCCCAAAAAACAAUUAAGUCAUUCUGAAAAAUAAAUACGUUUGAGUCUUCUCCAUCUUCUGAGUCUUAUUGCUAAUGCUCAAAUCCAAGUCUGGGUCAAUGGUGCUAAAGCCAGAGUCAAGUCACAAGUCCUGAAAAUCAGGAUUUCAGCCCAAGUCCUGGACUUGAAUAGUUCUACACUGGCAAAAAAUGUACUUUUAAGUGAUUUAUGUCUUUUCUGGCCUCGACCAUUUACUGCAAAUGAAUAAAAGUAAAAAUAUUCACACUGAUGUUUAACAUAAAUCUCAUUAUUGUCAUUGUUAAAAUCAUAAGUUUAUCGUAUUUGAGUUAUGGUGUAAAGUUGCUCUAUUAAGCACCCCAAAUUAGAUAACUUGAGUUUGCUGUUCAUGGUUUAGAUUGAUUUAUUAAUUUGCCCAAAUUUCCAUUAAAAUAUUUGAGAAUUUGAUCAUGUUUUUUUUUUUUUAACCACAAUUAAGAUUAAUAGAUGUAAAAAAAAAAUAUGAAUAAAUAAACAGAAAAAAGACGACUGAAAAUAUUGAAGUCUGUUCUCAGAAAUCAGAGGAACAGUUCAGCCGCUUUAAAACGGUUUUCUCUGUGUCUAAUGAGUCAGAACUUUGUGUACGUCACUUCAGCAUCUCAUACUUUCUUUUAUCUCUCUGAUCUCGCUCUCAGAGCUAAAUGAGCAGCACUCACAGCUAUAUUAAACAAGCUUAACACCACGUAAUUACUAUAAGGCAUAUUAAACUUUCCAACUCUGGCUCCUGAGAUUGUGUUCCCCCUGAACACAAUGACAGGAAUCUGACAGAUCUCUCUGACUCUGCCAAGGUAAUAAUUGCAAAGUGUGCUAACACGCACAAUGUCUUCUCUGCUCCAAGAGUUUGAUACAUAAAACAUCAAAUCUUACAUUCUCUAAGCUGCUGGGCUGUUGCAGGUUCUCUGCUGUCUGUAACUCCUCUACUGUGUGUGAUUCUGUUUGAGCUUUGUAUUGGAUAUUCUAAAUAAAUGAUAAGUAAUCCCAAUUACUCCCUCUUUGUCUUCCACCUGAAACAGUGACUACGGGUUUGAGAGACAGGUUGAUGGGAGCUGCACUCCGGCUUUCUGGUUUGUUCCUUCUGCAACCUUGAGAGACUGCAUCACAGGAGACAGCUUCCUAAACACCACAGGGUACGCCCGCCUGGAUGUUUGUAUUGGCAUGAUAUAAGGGAGUAGUAGAUAUCCAAGCAUACAGAUGAACAGUGGUGGAAAGAAACCAGCAUACCUUUUUUUUUUGUGAACAAAUUUUAGUGAAAUUGUAAUACACGAUGAUAACAUACCAUACUUUUAAAAAUAAACCUAUUCCCCCUCCUUCCACCCAACCCUUCAGAGCUCCUUAUCCUAAGUUACAUACAUAUCUCAUUGACCGUAUAUACUAUAGACAACAUGGUUCUGCCUUCCGCCAGUAUACGGGAUUUAUGACCUAUACUGCAGCCCGUCACCAGAGGGUGCUGUUCUCGAGGUGGCUUCACCCAGCGAGGAGGCAGACGGCGCUUAUUCUAUAUACAGUCCAUGAUAUAUCUUAACGAUCACUAAGGCAGGACAAGUGCCUGUCAACAGCAACAACUUUGCCAAGUGAGGCACAUCAAAACAGAUAAAAAUGUACAUAAAAAAAAAGAUUUACACUGUAGAAAAGAUUGUUGACAUGUGGCAUGCCAGCAUUCCACGAGAGCCGCCCCACACCCAACAAUGAACUAUGGUCUCUGUCAAAGCCCACUUUGUCCACAGAUCAGAUAUUACUACUCUACAUUAAUACAAAGUACAGAGAUAGAGACCAGAUAAUAGGUUUAUUAACUACACAACAGGAAGCAAGGUGUUACUAUGGAGCAUAUACUUAUCAGUAUUUGGUGCCUGUGCUUAACUAGAAUAUCCAGAUUGUGUAACCUCUCGUGGUAAAUCUUGUUCCUUAAAUAUCGCUGUAUCUCUCUCAAAGCCUCUCCACACGUCACCUUUUAAAACUGAACACAUUUAAAAGAUUAAACCAGCCAUUUUGAACCUUGUUUGUUUUUUUUCCCCCUAAAGAGAGUCUGUUAGUCUGGUUGUGGCUCUUUGUUGUAUUUAAGUUGUCUAUAGGUUGUUGGCUGCUUCAUGAACAAGACGUUUUGCCUGUGAACUGCUUUUAAAAUGUCAAGCGAGGCCCACUGAUUUGUUCCACAGUCCAGGCUCAAGGCAAAAGUGUCUUAUCUUUAAGAGUGCCUCUUUGCAACAACCUGCCACAAAAAAUAAAGACCCCAGAAUGAGUUUCGAUUUUAAAUACCCUCUUAAACACACAUUCGUACAAACAAGCUUUUGUGUACUCUUUAACACUAUCAGUAUCCAUUACGAUGUGAAUAUGUUUCUUGCUGAUUUCUCCUGGAAUUGUGUUUGAUUAUCAAGAUGGGUACAAUACACUCAUGCAUAUUUUAAACAUUAUAUAUCUGUGAUUACCAGCAAGAUUCGGUUUCACCACUCGUUGAGAAUCACUGUGGGCUCUCAGUGGGUAAUGUGGAUGUGUUAAACAAAUUAAAAUUUAAUUUAAUUGGAGAGAAAAAUCAUUUAAACUACAACUUUGCGCUGAGAGGAAAAGGAUUACACAUAGCAUUAGAAGUUUCUGAUUAGGGGCGAAUUCAUAACAAUAACCAACUAACUAUCAGCCAUGGGGGAGGGAUAGGCUUCAAAGCAGAAAUACUACUGGAGGGUUUUUCAGGUAGUUCUCUCCCUCUCUCCCACAGUGCCUCACCUUUAUUAUAGUUGUUUCAAACAAAUUCUGCCUUUUUUGUUUACUAUCAAUGUCACGUUUUCAGUUUUGUGAAUAUUUUAAGCAGAGUUUCUCACUAAACUUUUGGAAGAGUGAAUUAAAAGUCUACAGUCUGAUUGAAUCUGUUUGACGAACUACUGCCACUAAUGCUUUCUUCUAGUUUUAUUACUUAUUGUUGUCAGUAAGUAGUUUUAGGAUGAGCUGCAGCCAAGGUUGCAGGCAGUUGUGGUGCAUUACAACUAGUGUUGUGUAGCUCGCAAACGAUUCGUUUAAAAGAACCAAAUCUUUUAGGUGAACUUACUGAACCGAAUCACUUUCUUGAGUGAUUUGUUCGUUUCUCACUUAAGCGUGAAGUAAGAAACAGCAUUGCCAGUCGAGCAGCUAGCGAACGAGGGACCGUAUGCACCGAUGCCUGAAUCACUUGGUGAACGAAUCAUGCUUUGAACUACACUCUCUGGAAUCAUUUUCGAAUUUUGAAUUCAUUUUUACAGCUAUAUUGCCAUCAGAACAACUUGCAUACAACAGGACACAGCAUGUAACAAGUAGUGCAUUAAACCUGCAGCAUCCUAUCAUUGCAGCGGUUUGCGAGGGAACGGUGAAUGUUCUGUGUGAAUUCUUCUAAACGUUCAAUGAGCAAAUCACUCACUGAGCCCAAUUUUCCGAGCAGACAUGUUAAUAGCAUACCAUAGGACAGUACACUUAAAACAUCAUGACUUAUGAACAAGUUCAUUUUUACUAACCUGUUUGUCAAAGCAACACAGCCCAACACUCUUGUCUCCCGGUCCCAGAAGCUUUGAAUUGAACUGAAUCCUGAAACGUUCAGCUGUGUAUCAGUUCAGGAGGUCAGAGUCGAAAGACUUCUCCCGAAAUGAUUCAGUGAUUUGGUGAACGAAUCUUUUGAACGAAUCUUUUCAGUGAACUGAUUCUAGUGAUUUAGUACAUUUAGUACAGAACUGCCGUGCCCAUCACUAAUUACAACCAUAAACUGGUAAAAAUAUAAAUAAUUUAAUGAGAUAAAAGGUGCAACACCGGUUAGAUUUAAAAAAAUAUGAAUUAACAACUUUUUAAACAUUUAAAAACCAUGACCUCCUCUGUACCACCAGGCCAACCACACAGGAGGAUAUGCCUCCCUCCAAACCUGUAAACCACACGCUGUAUUUGUUAGUUCUCUAGCAGAGACUGAAAAGUCAAGUUGUCACAGAUAGUAAGUAAACACUAAACAUUCAAUUAAGCACUGUUGUGUUGUGAAUGACAGAUUGUAACAGUAUUAAUUUCUGUUUCAUCGUUGGAUUUAAAUAUCCUUUAAUUGCAAGUCAGCUCAAAUGUGCCCACUUGAAACUGAUGGCUGGUGUUGAUAAAAGGCUAAUUGAACUGACAGAGCUGUGGGAGUAUGUAAACAAAAACACUUCAUUAUAUCUAUUAUGAAUGUCUUCCUGUGUGUGCAUUUGUCUGCUUUAAUACUCAUGCUCUUUUUUUCUUUUUUUGAUGAAUCCCAGAUAUCGCAGAGCUUUGUCAAACAACUGCACCGAGGGAACGCAGCUGAAGUACAGCCCCAGGCGACAAAAGUGUCCCACUCAGGCACCCAGGGGCCUCCAGCUCUUCACCAGUGAGGGAACACUGGUGGCAACACUGGGGAGGAAUGUCACUUUCUUGGUCUUCCUGGAAGAGGUGCUGAGUUGACAUAAACUAAACCACAACAUAGUGUGUAACAUUGUGAAAUUUCUUUUCUGAUUGAGAUCAGUCGCUGACAUAUAGCACAGAGGCGGGAGCAGCAGCAUGUCAAGUAAAUAUGCUGUGACAGGAUUUACAACAUGUCUUCUUUCUUGUAGAUAUUAUUGAACAUGCAUGCUGUUUUGUGUCAGUGACAAACAUCUGGGGCUACAGUGUGAGUGACAGUAUUAUGUUUCCUUUCUGAAGGGUCUGGGCUCCACCACGAGCAUAACAGUGGACUUUGGUGAUGGGACUUCCAUAUCUUAUGUAAACAUAAGCUCCAUCGAUGACGGGAUCAAGCAUAUCUACAAUAAAGUCGGCAUCUACCAAGUUUCUGCUACAGCGACCAACAGUCUGGGCUUUGACAGGGUGGUCCUCUACCUCCACAUCUCCUGUGAGUCUAAAACAGAAACUGUUGAGUCAAAACAAUCUAAUCCUGUUAACUUUGAAUGAGUUAUUUUGAGGAAACUGUCAUUUUUUUUCUCAGUAUGAUCUAUAUUAGGACCUACAUUAUUUACCUUUACUUUAAAGAGGAAUUUAGUGUCGCCAGCAGAGAAAACAUGAUAUUAUUUCCACUUGGGUUCCUUUCUAGUGGAGAAAACCUAAAGAGGUACACUGUAUUGUGAAAAAAAUAGUGAUCAAGUUCACUCUAUAGUACUUUUUUACAGGACUUUAUACUAUUAAGUGUACUCAUGAUGCCCUUCCAGUGGAAAAAUUACAAUAGUGUCCAUUUGGCUGACCUUUUAGUGGAGUAAAACUAAGAAGUAUGCUCCACAGUAGCCUUAUAAGGAAAGAAAAUGAUGGACACCGACUUUUAAGGGAGAAAUGAAGAUAAGAUUACCAAAACUGACUUUUGACAGAGAAAAAAAAUGGUAGAAGUGUCUCUUUUGGACACUCUUUUAAUAUUGGAAUGUGCAAAAUGCUCUCUUAGGUCCAUUCCUAAUAAAAAGAAAAAAACAUGAUAGUCUCCUCCAAGAUGACCUACAUGUGGAGAGAACUUUCAUGAAGUGCUCUUUGAGCUGCCCUACCAGAGAAGAAAAAAUGUUCCUCCUUAGUGGAUAAAAUGUUCACUUGAAUGACCAUUAAGAUUAGGAAACUUGACAAAAAUUUUCCAUUGUGUAUUUUCUGUAGAAAGAAUGAUAAAAAGUAUCUCAUAGGAUGCCACUGACAAAACGUAACUUCACCUUCUUUAAAGCAGCACCUUUACCUUCACCUGUGUUCAGAGUGCCUCACAAAGGCAGCAGACUCAAACAGGCAGGACAUUAAAAUAAAGGCUAAAAAAAAACGAUUAAGAAAUAACUUGAAGUACUGGUACAUCAAAUUUGUUUGGGGAGCUAUGAAAGACAUGAAAUUCUCAUAAAUGGAUUUCAGUAGUUUUUGAUUCUGGUGAAAAUUAGAAAGCAAAUAACCGCGACAAAAAGGUUACGGGUUAGGAGAUCAAAUUCAACAAAAGCUCUUUCCUCUUCAUCCUCUUUUGACAACAGAUGCAGUAUGAUUUUAACCACAUGCUCGAAAUCAUUUUGCGCUUUUAUUUCACCCCCUACCCCUCAGACAGCCAUCAAGACAAGAGACAACAAGAAUAUUAAACUAUAAAACAAAUAUGCUCUCAAAUCUUUUAUUCUCUCUUCAAAUUGGCUCAUUAAAGCGAGAGCCAUCCGGAGUUUCGAGUGUGACUCACUCUGCGUUGGCCUCAGAAGCGACUGUUUGUCUUCUCUUUAUUGACAGAGAAGAUCAGCAGUGGUCAGUUUCAGUUGAGCUCAUUAUAAUGGAUACCAAAUGUGACAUUUUCAGAACAUCCAUGGAAACUUGUCAAACCGCUCCUGCUGUGCAAUCAACUUCCCCUUUGUUUGACACUCAGAGCGUUCAAACAGCAUCUGUCUGCCUACAGUAAUGCUGUAUCUGUGGUUAUACAUAAUUUUGAGCUCUGUUUUGAGUAGUAUUUGGACAAUUUCGAAUAAAACAUGAAAAUGUUGUUUUUGUGAUCUCUCUCCAAAGGUCAACUUGAGCAAGUUCAGCUCUUGGCCGCAUCUGUGGUUGUCAAGAACAAAGCAGUUAACCUCACAACGGUGUUACGCCCCAACAACGUGGGAACGGUCACCUAUUACUGGUGGUUCGGUAACAAAACAGAGGCAAGCCUCACCUCCGCGCUCUCCGCUGUGUAACAGAAUGACUCAAUAGAUUCACACGUCACGGUGAAUCUUCUUCUCUGUCACUUUGUCUUUCAGCCGGUGGUGACCUUGGAUGGAGCGAUGUCUUUCACUUUCUCCUCAGAGGGGAGUCACUCUGUUGUUGUUCAGGCUGCAGUGGGAAAUACAGUCCAUCAAGAUGAGAUGACUGUUGCAGUUUAUGGUGAGCUGCAUGUUGUUUUCUUCACCAUUUUAUUUCAUCUAAAUACUGUAACAGCAUGCAGAUUAUGUAAUCCAAUGUGUUUGUUUAAUUGAGAGUGAAUCAGUACUUUGAAAUCCUUAAUACUGCCAGUGAUCAGCAUUUUGAAAACAUCUCCUUUAUCUAGAUCUGCAGACUUGUUUUUUUUUUGUAGCCUAAAUCAGUGGGCAGAGUUCUUUUCAUGCCGAUGGCUCAGUUCUUAUCACACGUUGCAUAACAAAUAUUUCGGCCUAGGUAAGACACAAUGCUGUGAGAGCUGUCUCUUUAUUUCCAAUUAUUUUCUGUGAACAAGAAGGAUUUUGAACUCCACAAGCAUCCUGAACUUCUGACAUGUUUUGGAGGAGUGUUCUGAAUGGAUUUUUUUAGUCAUUCAUUGUCCAAUCAGAUUGAUUUAGAGGCGCACCACCUCUGGAGGUGACAACAAAGGUAACCGUUGUGUUGAAACAAAUAGCCUUAGAAGGAAAACUAUAGACUGCGUAUUAAAAUGAAUCAUGUCGGCCAAAAGAUCAAGUGUCACUGACUGGCUGAAUUACUGAUCAUAAACCGCGCCUUCUCCGUGGAAACAGGUGGAACACUACUCAGACUAUAAAAUUGAAUAAUACAUCAGAUUUAAAUUUCUUUAAUUUGUUGUCUGUCAUUUUCUGUCAUUCUUAAAGUGCGGACUUACAAGUGUUAAUUUUAUUUACUUAUUUGAUUUCAAAACAAUAAAUGAUUGACAGCUCUGCUCCUGCAGUGCUCUGUAUUGGAUUACCGGAGUACAAGAGGAAACAUGGAGGCAGAUUUUUGGCUUCACACUCCUCAAUAGGCAGAAAUAAAAGCACAUUGUCCAUGUGGUGGAUGAAACAAACCAGGAAUUCUGUUGCUGUGAAUUUAGCAGCCAUAGUCGCUGUGAUUUGAACAGAAAACAGCAGGUCUGGUAGUAAAUUGGAGUGUAUUUGGAGGUCAAAGGUUUGUUUUUAAGGACGUGUGAUUCUGCUGUUGCCUAGCAAGCUGUUCUUUCUUGCAAUUGUGGGCUUUGAAAUAAUAAAAAAAGAUUCUCUGCUUUGCACCUUGCUUUAUCUUAAAAAAAUGGUUUAACAGUUUUUCUUCUUGAAAAGUUAAAGCUGGGAUCUCUGUGGCGAGGAGUGAUACUUAACUCUGGAAAUUUUUGUAAAAGAGUUCAGCUAUUUUUUAACCAAGACUAACACUGUCAUUAAAAAUGGCAUGUACAUGAAACUAGUAUAAACCCAAGGUCACUGUGCCAAUUACAGGUUUAAGAGGUACAAUUUACAGGGUGUGACAGAACAAUCAAGGGGAUAUAAAAGACUACAGUCAACAUCAGAGAGCCUCUAGAUCAACAGACUGAUCAUUUAUUUUGUUUAAAUCUUUCUAAAUAUUUCAAGAUGUUAAAUUUCUUAUUUAAAAUAUAUAAAUCUCUUGGGUUUCUCUUUGAAGUAGAUGAAAGAGUUGGAAAAAAGUAGAUCUCCCUUGAAUAGCAAUGCGUUCAUUCAUCGCUGCCUAUAGCUUAAAAUCAAUAUAUUUGAUCUCACUGAGAAAUGAACAAAGAUAAGUUUUAGGGAACAGAUAAUGAUGGAAACGAGGCUAAAAAGACUAAAAUAUACAUGUGUGAGAAAUUGCUUCUCACCAAAGUAGAGAAGAAAUCUCCCACGUUAGCCUUCAGGUACUUUUGGGUUAUAAUUUACAAAAUGCAGGGUCUUUAAAAUAGUCAAUUAAUCAUUUAAUGUAAAUCCACAAAUGAUGAGAGAGAAAGAAGUCCAGUCAUCAGUUUUAAUUUGACAAUCACACAACACCGUUUAAGGCAAACCUUCAUCUGUCAUUGUGAAGUAUUCUGCAGGAGGCCUCAAAAGAGUUGAGUGACGUUUUCGAUUGUUUUGUGAAAUAGUGUAAGUAAGGAAGUAAACUUUAUUUGUUUAGCACUUUUCACAGACAAAAAAGUCACAUAGUGCUUCACAUAGACAAAAAUAAAAAUGUACAUACAAAUUAAAAAGCCAAGACAACAACAUUAAACAGUCACAGCAGCCCCAAAACAAUUAAACAAGAGCCUGAGCAAAUAAGUUUUGAGUUGGCUUUUAAAGGAGUCAGCGGGGUCAAUUAAGCGCAUUGAGAGAGGAAGAUCAUUCCAACGCCUGGGGGCAACAGCCUGGAAGGAUCGGUCUCCUCUGGUCCGAACGAAUGCGCGGAACCAUCAGAAGAUCCUGAGUGCGUAGUGUCUGAUGCAUAAUUCUUCCUGUGUUUCAGGUUAUUUUCGGUCGCAGGUUUUGGCCUUCUCUUCUAAUCUGGAUGAAAUGAACCCGGGGGUGUCUGAGUGGAGGGAGGACAUUGGCAGAGUGGUGAAGAGCUGUGCGGUUCAGGUCAGUAUGGUGAAGACUGUUAUGCAUUUAAAAGAGACUCUGGAAAACCUCGUUCAGUUUGUGACAAUUAGCAGCUGAAAAAAAAAAAAAAAACUCUGUUGUCUGUCUAAGUGAGCCCGUGACAUUUUCAUUGUCUGUUUAACUGCACAUGAAAUGUAUGCAUGAGCUUUCAUGCCAAGCUUCGCACUUCACUUCUUGCAGUGUGUCUGACCUCCCCUGAUGUGUAAUUAGCUGUUAACCUCUACAGGCUGACACGGCUCAUCACCCAGCAUCAUUAUUACCAGUCCAAGCUUUGAACUGAACUUGUCAAAACACUAAAGGCCAUUAAGGGACAGAUGCCAUUUGCACUUUAAGAGCUGAAUGCCAUUGCCUGAAGACCAAAACCUCCAGUGAGGAGAGAGUACUGUGCUUAAGUACGCCUAGUUUCCCCACUGAGAUACUGAGCCGAUCCAGUAGCAGACUUUAAAGCUGACGAGAGUCACUCACAACAGCAAUCAGGAUCUGUGCAUUUAUUCUUUAAAUACUGGACAGGGUACAGUAAACAUGCACUCACUCAGGCAGAGGCAGGUUCCUAUCGCUCUUGCUCUCUCUCUCUUUCUCUCUCUUGCCAUCACAGAGCUUGUACUUAUUUUGUUGGACACUUUUUUUAUGUGCGCCAGUCAUUAAAGCAUCCCCGCUCAAGGUUACUGUUAUCAAAGAGAGCUAACAAAAGUAGAAGAACGAGAACACAAAAACAUGUUUUUGCUACUUAAAAUUGAACAAAAGAACAACAGUUUUAUAGAAAAUAAUAGCUUUUCAUUGAUAGUCUUUGUUUUCAUCAAUUCAUUUCAUAAAUCUGCAGACCAUUGGAAGUGGAUUUUAUCUAUAUCUAGUGGAUUUCAUGCAUCUGUAUUUGACCUGACUUUAACUUUAUCGUGGGCUCAUAAAACACAGAUGUGGUCUCUGUGACAUUACCCGAAGAGACAUUUUGGAGCCAAACGAUGGCUGUCCCCGUACUGAAAAUGCUGACUCGACAUAACUGUCAGUCAAGAGAUGGAGCUGGUUAACCUCCUGGUGUGGUGUGUAACUUCCCAGUCAAGUCAGCCGUGCCUCUAGCUAUCCAAAGUUGUGUUUUUUGUCAUCUAAACGAGUGCAUUGAACUUGCACAUAUUUUGGUGAGCAGUGAACUGAACGGCUCAUAAAGUUGAACAUGAGGGUAGUUCAUUUAGGAGACAGAGAUCAAGCGCUCAUAUUCAGGGAGGAUUUGAGAGGUUUUCCUGCUGUGAGCUACAGCAGGCAAAGCUGGAUUUACGGCAUGCAGUGCUUCUCACAACUCAGAUGUAGUAAGCAGUGCUGAUGAAUUUGGCAGUUUUAACCAUUUGAAGUGGUUUUGUGAACAAAUCAGGAGAGACUCCAACGAGCCAAAACUUGUGUGUGUUUUUUAAAUGGAGAUGAAUUCACUUCUUGUGUUUGUUUGCUCAGUGCUUCUUUAACCUUGGCCCUUUUACAGCUUUUUUGGAACGUGUUGCAGGAUCAAAUUCAAAAUGAGUGAAUAAUAAUUUCAAAAAACAAUGAAGUGUAUCAGUGUGAAUAAUAAUUAUCUUGUCUUUGUGGUGUAUUCAGAUGAAUAGAGGUCAAAAAAGAACUGGCAAAUCAUUGUAUUCUGUUUUUAUUCAUGUUUUACAUAAUGUCCCAGCUUAUUGAAAUUAGGGUUUGUAUUCAAGAGGAUGAAAAAAAACACCUCAGCUUUGUCACUUAUAAAGCAGAUUUCUCUUUUGCUCAUGGGUGUUUAAGUCAGAACACUUUGUCAGAUAUUCAAGCAAGAAAUUAAAGCUGUAUAUGUGUCUUUAAGUAAUUUAAGCUGCAGGCUUUAAACUUGACAUCUGUCUAAGGCUCUGAUGAGUGAGAUAAUUUUGUGGACACUUAGCUUAGUUAAAAAAAUCAAAUAAUAAAUUAUGAACAUGGGAGCUAGCUCAUUUUUAUUGUAAAAAAAGAUGUUUGAUGCAGUUUUGACCAUGUUUAAUUUUGCCUUAAAAUGAGCAUAGUUCAACAUUCGACAUUUAGGAACGUCUUUGGCUCUAGCAGCCUGCCUCAAGUGGGCACUUGUUGAACUGCAGUUUUUUUACACUUCCACGUUUGCUUCUGGAGGUUGCUGCCUGGUCCUUGUCUGGUAUUAUGGUCAGCCGCAGUGAGAGCCCAGAGGAAAAAAAAAAAAGGUACAACCAAAGCUAAAACCUUUCCAAAUGAAACUAAAACCAAGCGCCACUGAAAAAAUAAUAAGAACAGGUAAACCAAGGCUCUACUCAUUUAUUCAACAGAGGAUCAAAGAUACACUUAAAUACCGCAGUGCUUAAAACUUUAAACAGAGAAUAUUGUAAUCGGGCUUUUGAACGCCAAAAUAAAAAAAGGUAAUUUCAAAAUAAAAAAUGUCCUCAACUACAUGAGGUUAUGUGCAAGACCUGAAUUCUGAGCUCUAUUUAUAUAUAUCCCACGGUAGCCCUCAGUAUGAAACAUUCACUUUGACCUUCUGUCUUGUCAGAUAUUACCUCGAUUUACUCCAGGAAACUGACAAGAGACCUCUGGUUACAGCAUUACUGCACUAAAAGCCCCGGCCUUUACCAAAGACUGUCUAAUUCAACUUGCAUGUUUUAGUCUAUCCAUGCAUUACAUCCUGACAGUGACUGCGGCUGAGGCUAAUGAAAUAUGGAGCAAAAAGCCAACAAAUUUUACUCAUUAAUACAGGAUCUCAUUCACAGUGUUACCUCAUCCAGAAUGGCUGGAAGAACCUUUUUAAUGAGGCGUUGUUGUUUUUUGUUAAAGGUCACAGGAAUCAGUGAGGAUCAGCUCCUGGUCACUGUGCUUCCAGGUUUACCAACCACAGCGGAGAUUUUCAUCGUGCCCGAUAGGAGGGCUAGACACGGAGCUGUGGAUGAAAAGUGGGCACACCUGGAUCAGGUACGUCCUCAUCAAAUUAAUUUAAUAGGCUCUGGCAGAUGCUCUUUGAUUUUUUUUUUUCUCUCUCUUUUUGUGGUAAUUAAAGCAGCACAAAGGAAAGCUGGGAAAGUCAGAGACUGUCUCUAGAGAGAGCAUCCCCAGAGAAUAUGUCCCUCACUUUGAUACAACACGGCUAGGUUGUUUGUUCAAGCUUCAUUGUUGUGUUUUUAAGAGAACAUAUUUGUUAAAGUUAAAGCAUUUCUGUCACCAGAUGGUUAAACCUUGGUUUACAGCUUUAUUGUUGGUAAUAUUGACAAAGGAAAACAAAUUCUUCUUGGACAGUCACGUGCUAAAGGUUGCAUGUUUUAAUCACAUUUCUGCUUAUGAAGAAAUGAACUGUGCACAUUUCUCAAAUCGUAGUCUUUUCUCUUUUGAUUUUAUAGACAGUAGUGCUUUUGUCCUGAACUGGAGGUUUUGCCUGCAGCAGUUUGUGUAUUAACGCUCUUGCUUCAAGCGAAAAAUUAUCCUGCACCAAAAGUUCGUCUAAAAUCCCAACCUAAUAUAAAACAACAACUUUAAUUCUAGAUAUUUCCAUUAUUUCCUCUGCAAACUCUCCCCUGUGUAAAGAGUUGAAGGACUAACCCAAUAAUUGCUUCAUUUCAAAAACUGAAACAUUUGUGAAUCUUUCUUUAGUAAUUACAGCAAUCCUCCUUAGUUAUCUCUGAUUCUUGUUUCAAAUCUUUAAUUUCAUGUAGUUUUUCACUGUAUAAUUAUGACGUUAGAUGAUUGCUGUUAUAUAUUUUCAUGCUGGGUUUUAUGGAGCCCCUGUAGUCCCACAAAGGUAAUACUGUUAUUACGUGGAUAUAAGUUAUCAUCCACUGCAUCGAAGUUACUACCUUGAGCACAGAAUUCAUAUGUGGAAAGUGGUUGUGUUCGCUCUUCUCUUGCCUCUGGUGAUGAACCGGUCAUAAACAUUGGCUGGAACAGUGAGUCUCUUAUAGGCGCCAAGUUAAAGACAAAUCUCAAGAAAAUGCCUGAACACUGACAGAGAAACCUCAGGCUUCUGUGGGGUAGCGUUUCUACAUCAUGGAGACUGAAAAUGUAGCUAUGCGCUAACAAGCAAACAUGGCAUGGUGAGCAGAAAUGACUCUGCUGCGAAUCUUUUUAACCACUGAAAUGUUUGAUAUUAAACAUGGUGGUUCUCUCAAACACAACACAGGGGUAAAUGGGACUUUCACUUGAGAAGAGAAUGUGGUUGAAGGCCUAAUGAAUUCAUUUAGAGCUUAUUAGAGACACAAUGACACACCCUUCAACUCUGCCCAGCAGAGGGCGCUUAUAUAACAUGAAAGACCAGUCUCAGGGGAACUGAUUAAAGUACAUUAUGAGCAGUGCUGACACAAUCAAAAGGGCAAAUAAGGAGCAGAUAAUGACCUGAAAUGAUAAGUAAUUGCAGUUGAUAGCAAGAUGAAUUAUUAUCACUGCUGCAUUCACACAGAUUAAUAACUCAGUAACAUGUACACAUGAUAGAAAUAAUCAUCUCAUGCCACUUUCUAUGGAACCAGACGGAUAUUUGACAUUUUGUCCAACAAUAGCUUACAGGUUAGAUUUAAUAGGCACAGGCUCAGGCCUAUUAAUGAGUAUUUUGAAUACAGUUUCAGUAUAUCUGUCUUUUUUUUUCUUGUACUUUGAUGAUAAAUAAAUAAAUAAAUAAAGUAAUAACUUUUCUGAAUACUUCCAUCAUCUUAUUUUGAAGUGGUCCACCAAUAUGAAAAAGUUAGUGGAUGUAUACAAUAACUUUGACUUCUAAUAACUUUUGAAACUUUUCUUUCAUUAUUUAAUCCUGUUUCAGUCCUACUUUAUAAAAUCAUAUUCUUCCUCAUAUGUUCACUGAAAAAAAAAAAUAGAGUAAUGUAUAAAGUAAGUUAAUCAUAAGAUUAGAUUUCUUAUGUUUUCUAUCAAACAUCUGAAUAAAUAUACUAACUUAAUGACCUGAAGACAUUGUGCAUACAGGUUUUUGGAGGUCUGACUGCAUACCUUGUACGUAUGUGGUCAAAAUACACAGGAGAUACCAGUACUUCACUUAUCUACGUUGGAUAACCAAUCGUCUUCCUGUUUUUUUAUGAGGAAUAUCAAAUCUAGUUAAAAUCGUGACCACUGGAUUCCAUAAAUUUCAGUGCAGUAUAAAAAUCAGCUUGUGGAGACUUCAUUUUAGGGUGGUAAUACAUCACAAUGAGCAUUAUGUCGGUGCUUAUUUUUGUCAAAGGUACAUUAUUGUUGCAUGGUAACAGAGUUUUAAGUGCAGCUGGGUUUGGAAAGUCUGCACUUCAUUGCCGUGCAACAGUAAGGUUAACUUUGACAAAAAUAAAUGCAGACAUGAUGCUCAUGGUGAUGGAUUACCUGAGUCGACCAAGUUUAACGUCUGUGCAAAUGUAUUUUCAUACUGCUCUGAAAUAAAUGGACAGCACAGGCUGCAUGGAAGGCAGGAGGAACACUAUGUUAUUCCCUGGAAAAGGUCAGCCGUAAUGAAGCAAGGAUAUUUUUUUUGUAGUAAUUGGGGUAAAAGAUGCAACACUGGUGUGGUUCAUUAAAUGAAAACAAGGGUGGACUUUUAAUAGCUGUUCUGUUAUUGGCACAGAGCAUCCGCCUUAUCUCAUAGAGUUUUAUAAAAUAUUGAUUUAAUUUAGUGUCUAAGUUGUGGAAUAAAAACCUUCGAUUCCCCUCUGAAUCUUCAAUCAGGGAACUGUAGUUACAGAUUAAUAAAAGUUUAAAGAUAGGACACAAACCUAAACUGUGUUCUGAUGUUUUCUUCUUCUGCGAAGACACAAAAAAAUCACUUAAAGUCAUUGAACAAGUUUAAGGUUCAGGUAAUUUCUAAGAUUUAUAAUAAUGUAAUACUUCCUGCAAAGCAAUGCUUAAUUUGAACACUAGAGGGCAAUGUCUUCCCAUGUAAAAGCCCUAAAACGGCACACAUCAGAGAAAUGAUAUUCACAAAGCAUCUCUGCACACAUUAUAGACUCCAUGCCACCUUUCAGGAGUUUACAGACUUUCAUAAACCUUCCAGCCUCUUUGGUGUUCUAUUUCCUUCAGCGAAACAAGUGUCCUUAUCUUUUACAGCGUUAUAGAAAGCUAUUAGAAAAAACAAUAACACAGAGCUACUUUUUAAACCUCCAGCUAAACAAGCUCAUUUAUUCAUCAUAACGGAUAGGGCCACAACAUAUCACAAGUAAACAUCAUUUUGCUGGCUGGCAGUCAGUCUUGAACUAAGUUAAUAGGUAUUUAAUUACAUUGAUGCAUCAUAUAAUUGGCAUCAUGGAGAAAGGAGGCAAACUGGGGCAUGCGGCCUGGAUUGGGAAUUAAAGAGAUGUAUUUAUCUAAAGCCUGUCUGAUUACCUGGCAGAACCUCACAGACAAUAGGGUAAUAAAUCUUCAGUUCACUGUUCUCAUCUCCAGUGAAUGACUUGCAGCACGGCUGCAUUAAGCCAGUGUGUGCCCACACACACACACACACACACACACACACACACACACACACGCGUGCAUUCGCUGAGUGUAUGUGUGAAGCAGCUUAUUAAAAUGUGUAAUAGAUUUACUGACCCUGAUAUGCCACUAGAACAAAAAGUAAUUAUUCAUACUGUGUAGAGCAGUCUAAUUUUAACCAAUGGAAAGAUUUUAGAAAGAGCGAGAUGGAAUUAGUGAGGCAUGGCUAAGGACUCAAAUGGGCUCCAGGAAGGCAUUUUGGUCUCUUGUUAAAUGACUGCUUCAUCUAGGUGUGAAAAGCAGGAGAACUUAAGGGAGAGAAAUUAAAACUCCAAUUUUAUGAUUUUAGAACAUGGGAGAAUUUCCAAAAGCUUUGCCCCUCUGAACUUCUUAAUUUUCUCUUUUAAAAGGUAAAACUCCUUGUUUUGCGAGAAAUAACUUAAGCCUUUUUUUUUUAUCGAUUCUCACCGGCUGCCUCUUUACCUGAUGCGGAACCCGUUGCUCUUAAAAGCAGGCUGGGUUUGGGAUGCAGCAGGUUUGGUUUUCCAUGUCAUAUCAACGUUUGCUCCUCUUUAGACGGCAGCAAAAAUUCUGAUUCAUAAUUCAGGCUGCGGGAUGAAAUGACUUGGGCUGAAAUAUUGAUGACUUUUGAAUAUUGCUGUGCAGCCACCACUAACAGUCCCCGUCUGCUCUGUCACUCCUCCUCAUAGCUUUCUCAGGUUCUGCUAAGUGCUUUGAACCAAGACCUCAUCCAGUUCACACUCAAACCAGGGCUGCUGGUGAAUGUGUAUGCCACACAGCUGUCUCCAGGUGAGUCUGCGGCUUCUGACACCAACACACCUACCUGGACAAACGGCGGUCUGUCAGUCCUGUUUUUUGGGGGGGAAAGUAAUGUGUCUAAGUUAAGAGUUAAAAAUAUCAAACAAGUUCACAGGAAGAAAAGUAUAAAAGCUGUCAAAUGGUUUGUUGUUUGUUUUUAGUGUAUGUACUCAGGGCUCCCCGGCGAGCCAUCUUCAGAGCGAUUGAAAAAUCCUGGAUGAAGUAAUCGAAACCAUAAAAUCUUGAUUGGACAUUGGCUUUCUCAUUCAUUUCUCUUGAAUAUGCGCAGUAAAAACAACACAGCGAUUAUUCUACAUUGACAUUUAAUAUGAUUGUGAGACAGUUUGCAUUAUUACAAAGCAGAAAUAUGCAUUUUUCCCCUCAUUUGUUCUCCGUUUGUCUUUUGUUCUUUUUACUUCAAAGCUCCUCUUGUCGACAGCAGUGAUAGCAGCCACAGCAGCACGGCAGUCAUCAUGCUGGUGUCGGUCGUACUGAUGGGCUUGGCCGUCUUUGUGAUAUAUAAAUUCAAAAGGUAAAGUAUACCAGGUUUGAAUUAUAAAAUCAUACAGGCAGAGUAAAACUUUGUCCAAGCCUAGUCCCGAGUUCUGAGUCACCAAUGAAAAAUCUGAGUUCGUUAUGGUGUCCCAGUCAAGUCUUAAUUGAUUAAUAUUAUAAAGGGACAGCUGUUUACUCAAAAUGAUUCACCGCAUGAACCUUGAAUGACAGUGAUGAACCUUUUGGAUGCAUAGAAAACACAUUUUAUUCAUUAACAUUAGAUCCUCUGACAGGUAUGUUUUAACAGCUAUUAACAUCAGAGCGCUGUGUGUCAUAUAUAAAUGCACACAAAGUAUUAUAUUUGCCAUGGUGGGAUGACUCCAGGUGUCUAUUAAACUCAGAAACACCUGCAAAUCAUUUGCUGUCAAUCCCCGAUCUAACUAACCAAAAAUAAUUAUAACCAAAUACCAACAAACUCUUAACAGUUACUGAAUUACAGAAUUUCCCCCCCUGGGAUAAACAAAGUAUUCUGAUUCUGUUAUAUAAUCUACAGUCCAGUUAGGCUAACUUUAACAUCCCACUUACAGUUCUGCUCCAUCUUGUGCAGAUGUCUAAUAAAGCCUGAGGUCUUCUUCUCCAUCUUCUCCUCAACGUUUCUUUUACAUAUCACACAUGUUGCUCCGCUCUUACAUGCAUUUUAAGUGUGAGUCCUGUUCAUGGCAUGUCUUUGAGCCUCCUGGCCGAAAUGGUUGCUGAACAAAACAUGCGUGCAGGUCAACAAAGGUCCUGUCUUUGCUCUAUACAGUGAAUAAAUAAUCAGGGCCUGAGUCCUACAAACAGGGCUCAAGUACUACCAAGUACUACCACACAGGCACAUCCAAGACAAAGGAAAAUUAUCUAAAUAAUGUGUGAUGAUGAAUCUUCUCAUUUUCACACAUCAUUACAAAUAUUCAUGAUGAUGUAGUUGUUAUUGCUGUUUUGUUUAACCGUGUGUUUGUGUUGCAUAAUGGUUGGUUUAGAGUCGGCCCCAUUAUGUGCAGGCGGGCGCCUCACCGCUGAACUCUUAAAACUUUCCACAGGAAUCCAGCCUCCAUUUAUCUCGGAGUUAUAGACACUGGCGGCACAAUAAUAGCUGGAGGAAUAAGACAAUUCCCCUCUGUCUCAAUCUGCAGAAUAUUACGGGGAAUGACAGUCUUAUCAAUUCUCCCACAGAGCUGAAUGGGUGUCAGAGUCCUGCAGUUAUCAAUAUUCAUCUAUCCGACAAUGUGAGGCUUGACCUUUCGGAAAUGCUAAACACAGCCAUCCAAGGUGAGGCAUACUCUGCAGAAUGGCAGGAAAGGUUGAGGUGAUAAGUCCUGAGACAACAUACAUUAUACAGUGAGGGACAUACAGUAAAUAGCGUCCUGUUCUGCAGGUAAUCCCAUGCCAAUCACAGGGGGAUGGCUUGCUUUCCGAGCAGUUUGCGGAGUUCUACUCAUUAUAAAGUACAACAUAGCUUAACUCUAACUUUUGGGAUAUAAUUACUACAUUAAGAAAUCAAGUUUGGGUUCCUAAAGCUGCCUCAAAUGUCACAGCACCAGCUGCUGCAUGGAAUCACAAGGGGGGGGGAUCUGAAAUUAGAAAUUCAAGAUGUUAGUUUUAAGCAGAAUUGCGGGUGCAUCUGAAGGGGAUGAAAAAUUGAUUGAAAACUGAGGUGAACAAUAUGAAAGUGAGAGAGCAAUGCCCAGUGGAACGUAAAAUGCCCUAGUUUCCAGCUUUCAAGCAAUCCUCUCCCAUCUUUAACAGUUAAAAAUAGUGUGUGACACAUUAUGCACAGUGAAAGCAUUAGUGAAACAGACCUGAUGGCAGCUUUCCAUUAACUUGCCGUUUUUAAAACCACUUUUUUUUUCCCUUUUUUUUUUUGCCUUCGCUCGGCCCUGCAGGAAGAUUCCCGGCAUCAACACAUACACUGCAGAGCAGCCCGACAAAGAACAAGAGGUCAUCCCGACGGUGACCUCCAUCGCCGUCCCAAAUCCUGAGGGGGACAAGCUGACCUCUUUGGAUCAUGUGGAUGUACAGCUGGACUCCAAAAGCCGAGGUAUUAAUGUGUCCAUUUCUUCCUCUAAGAUACAGUUAUUAUUCCUCGAGCGUACACAGUUCAUUCACAUUGUUAUUUCCAGACUCUUUAGUUUGACAACGAGAGUCUGUUCUUGAUGUACUUCUGUAUUCAGUCAGAGUUAACACGCAAUCAGUGGUAUCAUUUUUGCAGCAACAAAAGGAGAAGCAAAAUGUUGGUAUACUGCUCAAAACGACAAUAGAGCGUCUUUGGUUCUCUUCGAUAAUCCCUAAUCUGCUGGAAGGUUUGGAAAGAGAAGUAGGCAGGAGCCUCCCCAAGCAACACACUCUUACAAUACAUACAGUGAUUUUGACUCGGGGUGCUUUUAUUCUAUAGACCUUUCUCUGAGUUGUGUAGGAUUUUUCAGGAAAUAAUUCAGAACCUGCUCUGAAGUUAUUGCAGGUCCGUUGCAUGUGUCCAAAGCCGCAUACUCGCAUGCUACCUAAUAAAUACUCAAACAGCAAGUACUGCAUUCCGCAUACUGACUUAAUGGUGAAUAUGACAUUUACAACCCAUCCUCUCUGGGUCAUAUUAUAUUUUAAACCAGUCUGAGCUAUGAUGGCUAAGCUAGUUUGCUCUUUUCCUUUUUAAAAUUCAACAAGAAUAAUCAAAUGUCCAUUAUUUAUAGAUACAUUUGUGAUUUACACAGCUAGGUAGUUAUUUUGAUAUACUGUCCACCAUGACAAAUAAAAUGUGCUGCUUGUUGCUGGGGGGUUAGCGCUCCAAUUGUACAGUUUGAAGGAUUCUGAUUAUGGUUGUGUAUGACAACUGAGCUUCUAUAAUUAAAAGUUAAUGACUAUGACGUGAUCCAACCACUUGGCUGAAUCAGCACCAGUAUUUAUCCUCAUGUCUGUGUCUUUGACAGUCUUCAAAAUUCACUUGGGCAAAGUGUUCAACAUAGUCGGCACAAUCAUCCUCCCUGAGUGAAGCCAAAACACUUGAAGCUCCCCCAAACUGGGGAAAAUAAACUUUUAAAAGCAGUUUCUCUCUGAGUUCAGUGUGUGUUUUGGUGAGAGGGAGGGGAUGGUCCACAGCUCCACCCGCCAGACCGACUCUACGCACGCCUUGGCUCAACCAGUGUAAUACGUCAGUGUGUAUGGAAGUAGUGCUUCUGUUUACAUGUUAAAUGGGAGGAGACUGAGACACUGUCUGUAUAAAUGUGCAGCCUGAAUGAGGUAUUAUCACAUUACCCUUCCAUCAUUUCAUUAGAUUCAAUUGGAGCUCGUUCUCCUGUAAAUGUAAUUAAUUUAAGGAUGCUCUACCUUGUAUGGCGGAAUCUCCUGCCAGCUCUGGCAGACUCUCAGGGCAGAGUUUACUUCUGCUGAACUUUUCUCCGUUAAUUUGCACAAACACAGCGCUGCACUGUUUUUGGAAAUACAGUCAUUUUUCUUGUUUAAUUAGUACAGCAGAAUGGGUUGGCUUUUCUUAUACUACACAUCUAGGUUAGCCAAAAACUUUGGGAAAAAGAAAGGAGUCCUAUAACUAGGGUAAACUUUUAGCCCCUAGCUUUAGUGUGUCUUCUUCCUACUUUGCACUGUUCAACUUCUUUGAGGUUUUACACCUCAACAUCUAUCAUUAUUAUCAAAUAAUUCAUCUGUCUUGUUAUUUUUUAUGCGUGUAAGUUUAUAUGCUUGUUUCUUGGCUGAAUUUUUGAUGACAUGUAAAUAAAAGCUAACUCGGUGGGUUUGCUAUCCACUUACUUUGCUCGAAAUCACAACAAACAGCAGCAUGGCUCUCAUAAACCACUCACAGUUUGCUGAUUGCUCUGAAAAGGUUCAUUACUCGACAAAACUGUGUCAACACAUCCUCUUAUGGGGGGCAGCUUGACUGAACAGAAGGCUAAUGUGGCCAUACCUCAGAGCAGAACACUGUUGAAUAUUUUAAACCCAAUUUUGUAAUUACAUUUCAGAUUUUGUUGACUGAACUCCCAGAAAACAGACAUGUCACAAGCUCAUAACAGUCUGCACAGUUUUGCUCCACAAAUGUUAAUUAAGUUUCUGCUCCAUGAUUGCGUGAACUGUCCCUUUAAUACAGCAGCGACCCAUUUAAGCUUGUAAAAAAAAAAGUUGAGGCUCACUGACACUGAAGAGAUACGACAUAUUCGCUUUGUUUUAAGUGCCCGUGCUGCUCUUCCUCCCUGAGAAUUAUCACACAAGUUGCCAGGAUACAGUUGUUAUGAUGCGCAGUAUAUUUAUCCAUUCGCUAUCCUGGGCUCGGCACUGCGAGGUAUUAGUAUUCAAAGGUAAGUGAAGCACAAUCAAGUGUCAGCUAAAGUGAUGAGAAUGUCGGGGUGAAUUAUUUGACCCAAUAAAAUAAUUAGAGCAUCAGGAAAGUACCGGAGUGGUGAAAGCAUUUUCAUCAAGAAAUAUCUAUGAGGUUCCGCUUGAUUUAGCUCCAGCCGUGGCUAAACAAUCGACCCAUCUGAGAUAAAUGUGUUUGCCUGCAAAAAUACACCCGUAUGCAAAUAGCAACAUAAAAUCCCCUCUCUGUCUGUUUCUUUUCUUCUCCCUUGCCAGGGUACCUGCCAUCUCACACAGACAUCAAGCUCUCUGAUGAAGGGCCCCAUGUGUUUUAAUGUUGGGAGUCUAUGACCGACUCGAAAGCAAUACAUCUUCUUUGGCAGUUACUUCCAGCAAGCUAUGAAACCACGGUCACAAUGGAUGGUCUCGAGUGUUUUGCUACCCAUGCAUGGAUGGACCAGUUCACACUGUGCUGCCUAAUCCCUCCGAGGAGACUGUACAGAUUUCUACUCGCUUCUUGAAAAAAAAAAAAGGGACACUUUUUGACUGAAAAUACUUGUAUUUUUGCAAGGACAUUGAUCUUUUUAUGUAAAUAAUGUACAUCCAUAAUGGAGGACGUAAAAGUUAUUUGUCUCUGCUGGUAACAGCUGCGUCUGCUUGAAUAUGAAAAUAUCAAGCAGCAGAAACAGAUGUAAUGUAUGAUAUUAUCUCCAAAUAUGCUCCUGUUUCUGUUCUUCGGGCCUGUGUUUGUGAAGUUUACUUUGUUUAACUCUGUGGAAACAGCUUAUCUGAGCAAGACAGUGAGGGAAGCAGAUUCAUUAAGCUCUGUACAAUCAGUAAAUCUUAUCAUCACGUUCGCAUCAAAUGAAAGCUUGCAAUAUCCAGGAGAUGAGGGAGGGCUCCUAGUCCCAGAUCUGUGUAUUCCAUCACGCCUGCCGCUCAGAAUGUUAUACAUGUCAUAACAAAAAUAAGGACCGAAAAAGAGGAUGGAGGUGUCAGAACGGUAUAUACAUCUGUUUCCUUUGUUUGAGCCCGUCGAAUGAGUCUGUUCUGUGACUUUGAAAUGAACUUCAUUAAGGCUGAUUCUCCCUUAAACAGAUUAUUUCUACAUUUUAUGAGCUCAGUCAUGCUCACGGGUUGUUUUGCCACAAUGAUCUCAUUUUUUUUUGUUUUUCUAAUAGCAACUGUCUAUCAGACUGUUCAACAAUGCAAUGACUUUUAAACUUGUGCAUCAUAAUUUCUGUUGCUGGGAGCAUUUGUUGUAGCCUGGUUUUUCGAAAAGUUAGUUAAAUUUACAUUUUCUGAAUAAUUCCAGCAUUUAAGGAGUAAACUUUGGAAUUAAUGCAACAAAAAGUGCCAGAUCUGUAUAAUAAUUCACUUUUUAUCAUAAAUCCAAUAGACUUAUGCUCUAUGGGAUAAAUGUUACUCCUAUUUUUGUCGCCUGUCAUCCGACUGAUCUCACUGUGAAGAAGGGAAGUACAACUCUGAACUACACCAGGUUUCAAUUGAUUUCUCUUUUUUGGGUCAGAAAAACAACCUUGAGUUUAUUUAUUUUUUAUUCAUUCUGGACUGUUUAUCCGCCAUCGUGACACCAGCAUCUCCACACGGCAUUCCCCGAGUUUACAGCGAUGCAGAGGUUCCUGCAGUCUGUUCCAGGUUUGCCCCCCAAGGACUCGGAGGACAAAAGGCUGUGGAUUUGUUCAUCUCCUUGGCUGCGAGGGACACGGAGAUAGAGAAGACGUAUCUGCUGUCAACAAGGCUCAGCCUACGCGCAGAGCUUUGGUCAGCUGCUGUCUCUUUGGGAUAAGUACUGAAGUUCUUCUUCAUCAAACUUUUCUUUUUAAGUGUUGUCAGCAUCAUAUGUCAGAAAGACAAAUUGACUAGAGGCCCCUCCAUACUUCUUCCCUUCCAGUCGUGGGAUCGAGCCUGAAGCAUAAAUAAACUCUCUCUCGUCAUCAGGUGAACGCUGUCUCUCUCUCUCUCUCUCUGCACCAAACAUUGGAGGAGUUUUAUUUUGUGCUUGUUAUAUAUUUAACAAAUUUCUGUUAACUCCCAAUAUCUGACCUGUGAAUACGAUUGUGAAGAUAUUUGCAUGAUGUAUUUUUUUCCUCUUUUAAGAUACUUAAAAUAUGUCUUUAUUAGGGAAAAAAUGAAAUGUUAGAAAUGUAAGCUGCAGUUUUUCUCUGGUUUCUCAACAGCUAGAAAACUCAUUCAUUACAAGUGACGUGAUUAUUCAGUGGGUUGUUUCUGUGUCUUUCAUUUGAUCUUGCAGAGGUGACCAUGGUUGCAGAAUAAAGCAGAAACACAACAUUAAUGCAGCAUUGGUGUUUGUUAAAAUCUCUGUUUUUUUUCUUCUGUUUUUCAAUUUUUUGAAAAUGAAGGUCUUUAAAUGCAGCUUUUAAUUUGUUUGGGUUGAUUUCAUCAAUUAAAAAGUGUUCAAAGGGAGAAAUUAGCAAGUCUGAAUCAUAUUAGGAGUUUUGAUCGACAGGUAUUCUCACUUUGUUGAAUUAGUUUUUAUUCCACUUUGUCUCUAACAAGUGUUGCUUAGCAUGCUAGAAGUUUCACCGCAGCUAUUUGCAUGAUACAAUGGGAGCCCAGCGGCAGGACAAUGAGAAGUAGCCUGGAGUGAUUCUAAUGGGCUGGUUUCUUGGCUCUCCCACUGAGCAACAAAUUAAUUACCCCCCUCUCCAGGAAAUCAACACAUACACACACAAUCAGCUAAGAUUUUCCUAGUCUGGGCAGCACCUUGAAUGAAAAAUGUCCCACAACAAUAACCCACAGCAAUAUUGUGUUAGCCCCAGUGUGAAAUUGAUGAGCAUGUUUCCUUUCAUUGAGUGCUACAUUACGGUGUCUGGCUGCAGCGAAUCAUCCAUUAGUGAUUGUCACCGUUCAAUUUGAUUGUGCGCUGCUGAACAUCCCAGGGCAGUUAGAGAAAGGCCUUGGUGUUAAUUCAGACUGAGAGCAGGAGCGAGAAUAAGACUCUCGGGGCGUUGAUGGCUGCUGGAGUGAUGAAGAUUGGUGUGCGAUAUGGAGCUGUUGAAGUGGCAAACAAAAUGCAAAACAGAGGAACAAGGGCAUUGUUGCUGCAGAUUUGUAUUUGAAGAGUUGUUUUAGCCAAUCAGCCGUACAGUCCUGUCCUCCAACCUUGCUGUCUGUUUGUCAUUUUAAUGUGCACAGCUUUUAUGCCUUCGUGCUGGUACUUAGCGAGAGGCACUUUAUGCUUUUCUUGAUAGUAAUAUCUCAGGAUCUUCUCCUUGAUUUUCCUUCAGAUUUGGUACAAACAAACUAGAUAGGCCUGAGAAUGGAAGGUUAAAAUAAGGUAGCCACAGGUUAAAUGACAAUCCCACAGAUCAGGUCUGUUGUCUUUUCAUCCCUUAACAUGAAUAUUUCUAAAUUUGGCGCUUAAGUCCAUCUAGAUUUAGGAAUGAAGUGACUAAUUCUGUCUGAUGCCACUCUCGUUAACUCAUAAGUAAAAACCGUCCCAGGUAUCGCUCACUUGAAUCACACCUGUAAGUAAGAAGAAAAUCCCACUUUUACAUCAAUACACUUACUACCUUCUAUCGAGUGCCCAUUAAAGCUCUCAUUUAUUGUACCAAAGAGCUGAAUAGAUAUAGAUGUGAACUGCAACUUUACUACAAGGCAGAGUUAAACAGCUGAGGGGUGAUAAAUCUUUAUCUUUUCAGAUCUGGAGACAGAAACGUAGCUCUUCUAACACCAGUCCCUCUUAACAAAACCAUCAGUUCCUCAUCAUUCGAAUACAGCCUCUGUAAUUGUUCCAAUUAAAUCCGUAUCUGGCAACUUGAGUGAUCAAGUGAUAGAGUGAAAUGAAGCUCAGUGCGAGUGUCAAAUGGGAAUCUUCACAUGGGUGUUAUCACACUUGUGCCCAUUAAAGCCAGCUUCAGAGACUCGGUGGAAUCAUUAAAGUGCUCUGCUGAGACCGAUACACCGGCUGCUACAAGACACCUGUGUGUGAGAUAAGACUUGAAGAUAUGGUAGGAACAAAGCUCCAUGAACUCCUUUGUCCUCGGGUUUAUGUCACGACAAGAUGCACAUUUCUCAUUUAAUGACACCCAGAUUAGUCUGUCUUGACAACCUUAAGCAAGGACAAAAAACUAUUAACAGUGUAAACCAUAGUACAAUCUUCUUUAUCCUAGUAACAUAGAAAAAAAAAACAAAUUCCAUAUAAAAAUACAUUUAUUUUGAACAAUCUUAAAAUGGCCAUUUGUUCACAGUAAGAAAUAUGAUUUAAAACAAGACGUUUUUAUAUCAUCAACAAAAAUGAACAAUAUCAUAGAUCAUGCACAACUUUAGGCGAUUGCACGAGUAGACUAUUAGACAAGGUGUUUACUUAUUCGUUUAAUGUGUCAAGUAAACUUUAAAACCAGCCAUGGAGUAUAUACAGUACUUGCCCAUCCUAAUUUGGUAAUUAAGUAGUUUUUUUUUGUUUUAAAUCAGAGAGUAUUAUUAGGGCAUGCCACUGCAAAAGAAAAUAAUGAAUAAAUCAAGUAAAAGAAGAGUUCAUUGUGAGGCUUGAAGUCAUGAAUACUCUGCCUGUGCAGUGAGUUGACUUUACAAUAAGGUAGGAUGAAGCUACUGUAUAGAUUUACAUUCUUUCUUUUUUAUAUACAAGUUCUGAAUCCAGUGUUUCCACCUCUUAGGCCAGACUUUCCUGUUCUUUUUUCACAUUUGUGUUGUGUAACAUCAUCUGAGAAACAGUCAUUAAGAGCACCAUGUUAUCUUACAAAGCAACUAUAUGUGUCUUCCCCAAAAGCACUCACAAAGUCAAAUGUUGACAGUUUUAUGUAUUUAUAAAUAUUCAUCACUUUAUAUUUACAACUCUGAGACCUGUAGUUCAAGAGCGGGAAAUGUUAAUGUUUAUCCAGAGAGUGGCUGAACUUUACGAAGUAAAAUAUUGGCUAAACUUUAUCUGUGAACUUUGUUUAACACCAUAAAAAGAGAACUUUCUGUGUUAUCUGUCAAGGAAAUAAAUAAAAGUCAUAAAUUAUAUAAAAAUGACAUAAAAUACUUGAUUACUCAUGCCCUCAAUCCUCCCCCGGUUCAUACAGUACCUGAUAUAGCACUCUUCUGCUGAGUGUCCUUUUGUGUGUCUAUGCGGUAAUGAACCGUUUAGAGUUGAACAAUGUGCCCCUCACAUUACAGGAAAAUACCAUGCAAAAAAACAUAAAACUCACCCUAUUUUUCUCUUGUACUGAACCACAAGGUAGGGCCUGUGUCCACUAACAGCUUUUGUUGUGCAGGCAGGUCCUACUUCAUACACCAAAUCAAUGCAGUUCAGAGUCCUAAACAGGAACACCGUUAGCUGUGCUUUGUUGUUGCUCUUCAAAAUUUAAAAAAAGUUGCACUUUUUGAACACCGCUGUGCUUGUCAGUGUAACGUACCCAUUGUCAAUCAAAAUAAGGAAGGACCAGGACUUCUGAUAUUCGAUGGAAAAAAAAAAAAAAUUGUAAAAGUGUUUUUUUUUUUUUUUGUAAAAGUAUACUGAGCUGUUUAAAAUGACUUGAUGGUCUUUACUAAGUGCUGUAGGAUAACCCUCAUGACCUAGCAAAAGCUAGUGAGAAGAGCUCUGACAUUAAGGUCAUGUGCCCUCACUUAAAAUGCAAUAAAUGGACACAGGCCCUCAUGAAAAUGAGGACUUAUCAAGAGCAGGCAGGGUUUCUGACAUUUGCUUGCCUCCAUGUAACCUCCAUGUAACCUAAAGUCAGAGGCAGUCAAGUAUUUUUUCUAAAAUCCAACAAAAUUUUUAUAAAAAACUGGAUAAACAUUGCAAGUGAGUUGUUGAUGUAGCGCUAACAAGCUAACUGGUGUUAUACACUACAUCCGAUUCAUCAUUUCACCGCCGUCAAACUAGAGGCCCUGGAGUCUGGCUCGUAGAACUGAUCUUCAUCAAGUAUUGUGAAGUAGAUAUUUAGUCUAUGUGAGUUAAAACAUGACUUUUAACAAUAGCAGCUAUAAAUGUGAAAUAGAAAAAACAAAAAACAAACAAACAAAAAAAAGAAUGCGGACAAAGCAAACAAUUUCAGCACAACUGUAACACAACUAUCUGUACUUACUGAGUGACAGAGUGCAUGUCUUAGACAUUAGUACAGUUUGGAAAUUCCCUUGUAACGAUUCUCUCCAUGUUUCUCCCAAUGCCACCUGUAAACAGAUAAAAACACAAACAAACAGGCUCUAUAAAAGGAUUGUGAGCUUGUUUGCACAUCAUAGGACCCUUGUUUUUUUACAAACAGAACAUUAAGUCUUUGGAGUAAUCAACAUCACACUGACUGAUUAUGAAGUUAAAACUGUCUUUUAUAGAACAGAAAAUAACUGUGGAUUCAGUCAGACAUCUCUAAUCUUUUAACUUCAAGAUCAAAUGGUGUAGAAGCUUUUCAGCUUCAUAAUAAAGUCCUCUGAUUCAUUCCUGUUGUCUCAAAGGAACGUGGCCCAUCCGUACAGGGCUGAGCUGGUGAUGAAGGGCUGAUAAGAUGAGGUCGCUGCGGUGACAAGUAGGGUUGCUCAGAUUGUGCAGACACAGACUUCAUCAAAGGUGCAACUUUUAUGUCUUGAAAGAGUCAGUAGUUAAACAACUGUGUGACGCUGAUUAUGUGUCACAGAGGACUCUUAUGCCGAUCCACAUUUUAACACAUUAAGUUCAAGUUUUGGAUAGUAUCGCUAAACUUUAACAAAGUCUCAAAACAUAAGUUGCGCAGGUGUUGGUGUAAUCCCCAAAUGUGUUUUCUGACUUCUCUGAACAGCUUGUUUCGAUUACAUUGUGAGACUUGACCUGAGCCUGAUACUGGUCUCUGCCAUCCUCUUAAGGCAAUGUCAAGGACAAGUCCACCUGACGGUUCUGUCAAGGACACGUCCAUCCAAAAGCUGAAAAGUCUGUUUUUACACUUAACUCUCUCUCUUUGUUGAAUCACUAUGGAGCAGAGAGAUGCUCAUAGGCAUUCGUGGUUGUGGUUGUGAAAGAAAAUCUCAUCUUUUUUUUUUCUUCCCAAGGACACCAGAAGACGGGGGAGACAGUGGGAAAUUUAAAUAUUUUUGGGACAACAACAAUCACAAUGUAGCUGUGAGACCUUCCCUGAGGGCUCACUAGAGAGAUGUAAGUAACAAUAUAAAAACAAGGUAAUGUAACAAUAGCAAGCUGCUAGCUUUAAAGAGACGCUACCGGCUGGGCUCAGACAUUUUGAUGAGACAGCUGUGAGGAAAAGUUACAGAAACAAGCUGGGUCUUCUUGAUUUGCAGUUUCUUGAAUCAUGUAAAGCUCUUCUUAUGAGUGUCCCAGACUGACAUUAAUAGAGAGUGAAAAUGAGUUUAAUGAGGUCUCCUUCAAACUAACAACCAAGCAGUAAAUUCAUCAAAGUAGAGACUUGGCUGUUGAUUACAUUUUUGAUGGAAAAAAGAAAAUAUUAGAUUUAAACUGUUUUCUUUUGGAGAUGGUUUAAAAUCAAAACAACAAAAGCUCAGGUAAAGUUGGGAACUAAGAACUGAAAGGUCAGUCAAAGUCUUUAAUGUCUCAUUAUUGACUGAAGUUUUUCCCCAGUGUCAGUCCAGGUUAGUUGAAUCUGUUGAAAGUAACGUGUGAAGUGGGAAAAAGACCUGAUCUAAACUUAAGUCAGUUUCACUUCUGCUCUCAAACUAAAAAAUGUAAUUCCAAUAAUUUAACUUAUCACUCGAUAAAAAAACUUUUGAAUUCUGGAUAGCUGAAGAUUUUGAAGACGGACAUAAACAUUAUACAGUGAUAUAUUUUUUUUAUCAUACUUUUCUAUAAUUUUUUUCAUAGUAUCCUAUGGCAUUUUUAAAAUACUACAGCAUGGCAUUUUAAUCAUACUGUAUUAUGAUAUUUUAUCAUACUAUACUGUGACAUUUUACCAUACUAUACAAUGACAUUUUUAUCACGCUAUACUGUGACAUUUUUUUUAUCAUGCUCUACUAUGAUGUUUUUAACAUAUUAUACUAUGACCUUUAAUCAUACUACAGUAUGACAUUUUAACCAACUAUAUGAUGACAUUUUUUAUCAUACUACACUAUGACAUUUUAAACAUAUGAUACACUGAUUUUAAUAUCAUACUUUACAAUGACAUUUAAGUCAUACUUCACUAUCACAUUUUUUUCUUACUAUACUAUGAUAUUUUUUAUCAUACUAAACUAUGACAUUUUUAUCAGACUAUUCUGUGACAUUUUUAAUCAUGCUAUACUAUGAUUUUUUUUAACAUACUAUACCAUGACCUUAUAUCAUACUAUACUAUGACAUUUUAACAUACUAUACAAUGACAUUUUUAUCACACUAUACUAUGACCUUUUUUAUCAUACUAUACUAUGAUUUUUUAAACACACUAUAGUCUGUAAUUUUUUUUUCAUUCUUUCGAGUGUGAACCUAGGCUAGAUAUCUUUACAACUGUGACAUUUUUUUUAAUCACACUAUAAUAGGACAUUUUUAUCAUACUAUACUAUACCUGCACAGUAACAUUGGUGACACAGUAACAUACACAAGUUUGAAGACAUGUUGAUUUAGACUUCAAUUCUUUGGACUUUGGCCCACUCUUUUUUAUUCCUCAGACAGCUAUCCAGCUGUUGCUCUAUAAGAAAAUCAUUCAUCUCUUCUUGGGUUUCUGUCCUAAUGAUGAAGUGUAACACCCUCUGUCUUUCUAGUUUUGGACUCCAGCAGCUUCUGAGCUCAAAUCUGGCUCCUUGGCUUAUGAUUGCUUUACUACAUUCACCCGCUAGCCAGUCUUCGACUAUGUCUGCCUCUGCUCGGGUAAAAAAAGUUGUAUAAAUAGCAAAAGAGCUGAAGGAGGCUGAGCAGACUGAGAUGAUAUCUCUAUGUCUGAUUCAUUAUUGAAAUAAUGAAUUUUAUGUUGCUGUAUUGUCUAAAGUCAUCUAUCCAACAUAUAGAUGACCAUUAUGAGUAAAAGUGUAGAUUAUUAGAGGUGUAAAAUCAUUAACUCCAUACAAGAAGUGGAUUUUGGCCGCCGCCUUGGGGCCAAAAGGGCAAAAAUUAAUUUCCAACAACCAAAAAUGAGACUCAUAAUUAACAAGUUGCACCAACCUGUCAUUUAAAGCGAUCAUGGAUUUAUGUGUAACUUAUGCUCAAAGUUAAGUUGUUUAAUAUGUGUGUUUAAGGAGACUGACUCCAACUCAGAGGCAGUCUCGAGUAGCCAUUUAAGGAAAUACAGUUUUUUUUUAAUUUUUCUAAUAUUCCUGAAUGAUCCAAAACAUUGACACUUGAGUGGGGCAUAAGGAUUUUAAAAGAAUUAACAGUAGUGUGAGUGGAUGUAAAAACUAGUCCCUGAUUGGCUGUUUUUUUAUGAGUGCUAUUAAUGUAAUUUUGCAGUUAUGUGAUAGCUCAAGAGUUGUUCUUAAAUGCUUUACUCUUACACAUCCCUACUGUAAGUGGUGGCAAGCUGCUAGAUUAUCAUGCUUCACACUCAGCUAAGAAAUGUUUUACCCCUCAAGUGGCUCUGCAGAGCAUCUUAAGUGGUCUCCUUUAAAGUUUUGAUAAGUGGAUGCAGGAUCAGACCUAAAUGCAUCCAGCUUACGCCAAACCAAGGUUCAUUAAAAAAAGAAAGCUUGUCUAUCUUUCACAGCAUAUGAGCCUCAAGGGGGUCUAAGCGAGAGACUAAAGCAUGUCUCUCAGGGAACUGUGGUUGAAACAGAAGAUUUUUAAUUAAUUUUACUGUGUCGUUUUACUUACCUUCACAUUCAGAACUUUGAGGAGCCCUAAAUCUAUUUUGCAGCUCAUCAAAUUAUUUCAAAAGAGCUGAAAAUAUCAACCUACCAUGAAGAGUGUGCACAUGUGAGCGGACUUCAAUCAUUAUAAUCAAUUAAAGGUUAAGUAACUACAGUCUGUGACGGUUUUUGCAUUGAAAAUGUCAUUUUAAUCCUUCAAAUCCUGCUUUCAGUGAUCCGACUUUGUUGAAACUUGUCUGAAUUCUGGUUGGGAUUCUUAUCUCAGCUUCAGCUGCUCUGUUCAAACUACCAGACUUCUUCCCAGAGCUUCCAAAGCCAUUAGACUAGAAUGGGAUCACAUAAAAUCACUGUACCCAGACAUUAAUUAAAUUAAAAGUGCUUAAUGUUUUUGCCUCUGGUAGGGGGCAUGUUUCCAACUGUCUGGAACAAGACCCCUACAGGCUUUGGAAAUGUGUCUCUCCUCUGUGAAAUGUAUUACAGAGGGACAUUGUGUCCAUAGGUACGGCAACUUAAUCUAAAAAGUCACAGUGUUUACGAUUAAAUAGUGUGCAAAACAAUGAAAUUGUUUUUUUUAAACUUCUGUCUUCAAGCCUAAAUCAGAAUGCAAGACGAAUAAACACCAAGUCUCAGGGUAAUAAUGGAAUCAUUAAACAGCAGGUAAUAAAUUUAUUUAAUCAAACUCCAAAUCAAAGGGGUCUAGCCUGCUCUGCCCUUUGCUAAAUCAACCAUUUCAGAAGUAACCAAAAAGGAGUUAAUUUGUUUCAGAACAGCAAGGACUCGGAAAGGGUAAAAACAGCUGAGAAAUGAAGAAUAGCCGAAAGUGCUGAGUGACCAGAAAAAAGGCCUGCAGCCCACAUGUCUGUGUCAGGAGAGCCGCAGUGGUGCUUAUGUCAAGUAAUCCGUGCUGUCUACAGGGACCGAACAGUUCCCAUCUAAAAGACAUCUCCGUGAGUGUCAGCCACGGCCAUCAAAAAGUUAACCUGACAUCCUGAUAUCUGGUUACCAUGCUGCAGUGUGUAAUUUACAAAAACACGACACAUCUGCUCUUCAGUGCACAGUGACCUCUCAUAGGGGAAUCUUCAUUUAAAAUAAGACGGGAGAAAUCUGUGUUCACGCUGAAUGUAGUUAAAAUUUACUCAAAACAGACACUCACUGCUGACUUUUAGGGCUGUAAAAUGUUAAUUAGUAUCUCUCACAGUGACACUCAUCCUUGAAAAACCUAUUUAUGAGAUUGAGAAGUGCAAAAGUAAAGAUACUUCUUCAUUUAGUCUUUGCAUAAAAUUUGCAGUAAAGCUUUUUCUGUACUAGGGUAAGCUUAAAAAAAUAAAGAACAAAUGUUCUCACAUACAGUAAUGAUGAUAUAUGCGAGGAGGUGAAGUGGGAAACUGGAAUUAUUCAUAUUAAAUUCAUAUUCAACGUGAAAAGUUUUAUUUCAAUUUAUGCACUAACAGGAGGAGGUAUUGUUGUUUACUGUAGGGAUGUCCUGAUACUGGUCUAAACUGUUGGAUCAGACUCCACCAGGGAGUUUUAUAUCAAUCAGAGAUCAGAAUGUGAAUCUCCCUCAAUCACUUGCCUCACUUGUCACGACUAUCAGUGGGACACAAACAUGAAGGUAACUUGGCAAAGGACAAGUUGAAGGCAAGAUAAUCGGGACAUCUGUGUGAAACUCUGGCUUACAGUUAAACAGGAACACAUGUGCUUAGUCAGCCAUAUUCCAGCUUUACGGCAGCCUACAGUAACUUUUCAGGGACAAAGCAUGAACACAUGGCGGUCUGUUUCAUCAGCAUUAACAACCCAGUGGCUGAAAUAUUGAAGGUGUGGAAAUAUAUUCAACUAGAACUCUCAAACAGUCUAACAGCACUUGCAAUAUGAGAAAUAUGUUUGAUAAGACGGAUAAUAUGACCGAUUAGAUACAACAUCUCCUAAAACCUGAACAUCCAACAGUAUCUUCAAUAUUCACUGAAGCCGUAGAGGAAAAGGUUGCUCUAAACUUUAAAAGAAAGGAUAAGUCUACCAGAGAGAUCAACAAGGGCUAAUGAGUAAAGGUGAUUGAAUUCAUUGUUUUGCCGAGUCCAUUUCUUUUGCAGAUGUGUCGCUCUUUUUAAUUUUAGCAAAUUCAAGAAUCAGACUCUGGACUCAAUAUCAGCAGAUAAUAGAAAUGAAAAAUUUGGAUCAGGUUUCGGAGUCAAAAAUACUGAUCAGGUCAUCCUUAACGUCUUUCUCUGAUCACCUGCUUCAGUAUGUAGACUAACACUACAUAUGUAAAAGUGCAGAGCGAGGGGAUAUCAUCAUUGGUAAGAAAUGGUAAUUUCAUACAGAAAUUUAGCCCACAUUAGCAAAAUGGAUAAACCAAAAUCAGAACCUCCACUUCUGAGCCAAUCAGAGCACAGCAGGCAUGACAGCAGCGAUCCAAUCAGAGCAAAGCUUAUUAACAUAAAUGUUACUGAGCCAAAGGCAGUUUGGUUUCCUGUAAGGUUUUUUAGGCAUACUAAAACGGUUUGAAACAAAUCAUCAAAUAACUUUUCAGCUAAAAUUAUGUUGCAAACAUGAUCAGAGGACAGCAAGGAUUAUGAAAAAAUGAUUGAAAUGGGUAUGAAAUUUUGGUGGCAGGUCCUCUUUAAGAGAGAAACGAACAAAUCACUUCGGGAAGUGAUUUGGUUCAGUACAUUCACUUAAAAGAUUUGAUUCUUUUGAACGAAUCGUUUGCGAACGACACAACAUUAGUAUGAGGUGGAAUUGUGAGCAGGUGUACCUCGGCUUCUGGCCUCCAGUUCCUUCUCCAUGAGUUCUUUUGGCGAAGGAAACUCGCUGAGCUUCACCUUUGUCAUGGUGUCAUUCUGACCGACUGUACUGAUCACCUCUGGAUCUUUCUCCUGGCUGUCCUCAGUCUGAACGUGAAUCCAGGGGAUUUUUCUUUGGAUGGUGAAGCAGAAAAGAAACUGUGUGAGGUUUACUCUACAAAGGAAAACAUCUAGAUCUCAGUGAAGUCCAAA